CGUCUUGGUUUAAAGAAUCACGGGGACAAGACUUUUGACGAUGACUUGAUUUCUGCCGACUGAUUGAACUGAGUCGCGGUUACCAGCAAAACUGCUUGUGUUUUGCAGAGUAAAGCGAGAUAAGUGCGAGUGAUUUGCUUCAAAUUCAUCGUUGUGCAAGAGUUUGUUUGUUAAAUCUCAGGUGACAAAACACAACGUUGAGAGAGAAGAAAGGAAAUCUUUUCAGAUAUUCUUCAGAUUAAUUAACAGUUUACUACUGAUAAGUCAUAUAGUUGGCCACAAUUUUGCCAUCCGAACGACUCACGACUCACGAUUAUUGAAUUUCUCGAUCCAAGAUGAAGCGACAACAAUUUCAAGAAUCACAGACGCAACAACAGCAGCAACAAGCUAUCGUGCAAGAACAACAACAACAACAACAACAGUACAUUCAGCAACGAACGGAAAGACAAGUCACCCGACAACAGAUCACCAGUCAGCAGAGAGUUCAAGGAGAGGUCGUUAUGCAAACGACGCCAUCGGUACCAGUAUUUACGGGUAAACCUGGGGAUCCCUCACCACCGAUUUUCGAGCGAAUCUUCAAAAAUGCGAGAUUCGCGCAAGGCGGUAACGCGAUUUUUGAAGGUUGUGUUCGAGGUAAUCCGAGACCAUCGGUUUCUUGGACACACAAAGGGAUGCCAUUGCUAGAAUCACGAAAGAUUCGAAUGUCUUAUAAUGAAAAUUCUGGAAUUGUUACACUCCAAAUUAAUCAGAUCGGUCCGGGGGACGAGGGCGAGUACACAUGCAGUGCAAAGAACCAAUAUGGCGAAGCUAUUUGCUCAGUUUACAUACAGCCAGAGGGAUUUGGUCCUUCAGCGCAACAGCUAACAGAUAGUUACAAGAAAGAAUUUUCGCAAAGUUUUCAGACAAGCGACCAAAAAAUGCAAAGUGGAAGUCAAAUCUUUCAACGCAAUUAUCAACAAACAACCGAUAAACGAAGUUACGUUAAUGGCACAACUACAAGCAUUGAAGAUUUUAAGGUUGAUACCUUUGAAUAUAGAUUGUUGCGCGAAUUGGAGUUCCGUGAAUCAAUUACUCGCCGUUUCGCGAGUGAAUCCGACUUGCAAAUUUCUACGGUAGUUGAUCGUACCCUGGGCUCGGUCGCACCUCCACAAAUUACUCAGAAACCAAGAAAUUCGAAGAUCGUUGAAGGAUCGGACGCUGUCUUUACUGCAAAGAUAACUGGCAAUCCAAAACCAAGAUUAACAUGGUUCAAAAAUGGUCAGAGAAUUCGAGAUUCUCAACGAGUAGAGACGUGCUACUCGAAUCAGCAGGCUACUUUACGAAUUCGAGUCGCUCUGCCAGAAGACAGCGGUCAUUAUACAUUAUUAUCUGAGAAUCCUCAAGGUUGUACCGUUAGCUCCGCUUAUCUAGCAAUUGAAUCCAGCGAUCAAGUAGAUCAAGUUCCGUAUCAAGCGCAUCAAAGGGAAUUUAUUAAGACUCAACAAAUAGACUCAACCAAUGAAUCUGUUGACUCUAGCAAGGUUCUGCCACCGAAUUUCGUUCGUACCAUCACAGAUAAGGAAGCUACCGAAGGCAAAAUGACGCGAUUCGAAUGUCGCGUAACUGGCCGUCCAUAUCCUGAAGUCACUUGGUAUAUAAAUGGCCAACAAGUCGCCAAUGACAUGACUCAUAAAAUCCUUGUAAAUGAAUCUGGUAACAAUUCAUUGAUGAUCACGAAUGUGAAUCGCGCCGAUGCUGGCAUAGUAACGUGCAUUGCACGAAAUAAAGCCGGCGAAACUUCUUGUCAAUGCAACUUAAGCGUUAUCGAAAAAGAACAGGUGGUUGCGCCGAAAUUUGUCGAACGUUUUGUUACAACGGGAGUAAAGGAAGGAGAAUCUGUGAUCUUUAUGGCACGUGCAGUCGGCACACCCAUUCCACGAAUCACAUGGCAAAAAGAUGGCGUACCGAUAAUGCCUGGUCCCGAAAUACGUAUAUCGAGUGAUGGUAACGGAGCUUCGACUUUAGACAUCCCGUGCGCAAAAUUUUCAGAUGCAGCCUGGUACCAGUGUACAGCGCAAAAUGUAGCCGGCUCCACCGCAACUCGAGCACGGCUCUUUGUAGAGACGCCAAAAGGAACGACCCCGGAACCAAGACGCCUGAAUUUACCCCGACCAACGAAAGUCAUCGAACCAGAACCAGCGCCUGGCCCCGAAGUGAUUUACCUGAGACAUGUGGAACGCGCGAAACCUUAUUUGCCGCCUCCUGAAGAAGACAAAAUUUAUCCCCCGCCACGUUUCAUUAUACCGCUAAAGGAUGUUCAUCAAAUCGAAGGUGGACGAAUUCACUUCGAGGCCAGAAUCGAACCGGUGGGCGACCCCACUAUGAGGGUGGAGUGGUAUAUCAAUGGCAGAACAAUCGACGCGAGUUCCCGGGCGACUUCCGUCUUUCGCUUCGGUUUUAUUUCACUCGAUCUCAUUAGCAUCGUUCUUCAAGAUAGCGGCGAAUAUUUGUGCCGCGUUGUAAGCUCGACCGGAAUUGCCGAUUCUCGAGCCACCCUCAGUGUAACCCCACGUGCCACGAUUGAACAGGCAAGCCAACACCCCGACAGCCUCCAAUACAUUCAACAGCUCGAGGAUUACAGCAAGUAUCAAAGACAGGAGAGCGUGGAGGAGACCUCUUCACAGCGGCCAGUUUUCAUCCGCCCGCUCCAGGAUCUUGGUGAGCUACAGGAAGGUCGUAACGCCCAUUUCGAGGCACAAUUGACACCUGUUAGCGAUCCUACCAUGAAAGUGGAGUGGUAUAAGGAUGGAAAACCAAUCACAGCGAGCUCAAGAAUUACUAGCAUCUUCAACUUCGGAUACGUCUCACUCAAUAUAAUGCACCUACGGGCUGAAGAUGCAGGUUCUUAUACUGUCAGAGCUGUGAACCGCUUGGGAGAGGCCAUCAGCUCCGCGACUCUUCGUGUCUUUGCGCGAACAAGCGUAACAACAGACUUGGGUAUCCCCGAACAACUGAGAUACAUAGAGGCUGCCGAGGAAUUGGAAGCAUAUCAACAGGCGAUGCACCAAAAGUACGUGCAGGAGCAGCCUGAACCGAGUAGCCCACCGGAAUUUAAAUCGCCUAUUAAGGAUCAAAGCGGCAUACGAGAAGGUGGAUUCGCUCAUUUUGAGGCGCGUCUCGAACCAAUCGGUGACGCCGAUCUCCGUGUUGAGUGGCUAAAAGAUGGACGAUCUGUAGAAGCUAGUUCUCGGAUUACAACUUUUUUCAAUUUUGGUUACGUGGCAUUGACCAUCAAAUACGUAACGAUACAUGAUGUUGGCGUGUAUACUUGUCGAGCCUACAACAGAGCCGGUGAGGCUCACACUACCGCUCAAUUAAGUGUGAUCAGCAAGAAUGAUGUUAUUUAUGACAGCCAGCAUCCUACUGGUCUUCAAAAAAUUCAGUCUCUCGAAGAUUCGAGUAGAUAUUCGCGACAGGUUCAAGAAGAAACGCAGAUUACACAAGCACCACGAUUUUUGGGUAAUCUUAAAGGUACCAAUAAGAUUGUAGAAGGCCAACGGGCGCAUUUUGAGGCACGCGUUGAACCUCAAAGUGAUCUGAAUAUGAAAAUCGAAUGGUACCACAACGGCAAACCUAUUACUGCCGCUAAUAGAAUCCAAAUGUAUCACGAUUUCGGAUACGUUUCCAUUGAUAUUCUUCAGGUUCGUCCUGAAGACGCUGGUACAUACACCGUUGUAGCUAAAAACUCCCGUGGAGAAGCUCGUUUAUCUGCCACCAUGACCGUAGAGACGCGUUCCAGCAUAGAUACUAGCAGCAUGCAUCGCGGAACUUAUGAAAAAACUCAACGUUUAGAAGAAUCCAAAUUUGUUGAGCCGCAGUAUCAUAUCGAAGAAAUCUCUAAAUCAAAACCAAUUUUUAUUCAGCCGUUGAGUGAUCCUAAGCCAGUUAGCGAGGGCAAAAAUAUUCACUUGGAGUGUCGUCUGGAACCGAUGGGCGAUCCUACAAUGAGAGUUGAAUGGUUCCAAAACGGACGUCCGGUCACAGUCGGUUCUAGAUUCAGAACUUACUACGAUUUCGGAUUUGUCGCACUCGAUAUAGUACACACUACCGUUUACGAUUCAGGCGAAUAUACAGUCAGAGCUACUAAUCAUCUGGGUACCGCGCAUACUUCUGCUUGCGUCAGAAUUAUCGGAAGGUCUGACAUCGUCACUGAAACACAAAAUGAACAAUCACUUGAGCAAAUACAGAUGUUGGAAGAUGCAUCAAGAUAUCGCAAAACUCAACACGAAGAUGUCACGGUGAUGCAAGCACCUCAGUUCACCCGACCUUUGCACAAUAUUGAGACUGUAGAAUUGACCAAUGUCCAUCUCGAAUGUCGCCUUCAACCAAUUGGUGAUGUUACUAUGAAAGUCGAUUGGUUCGUUAAUGGUCGACCGGUCAAAACCGGUCACCGAUUUAGACCAUCUUACGAAUUUGAUUAUGUCGCUCUAGACAUUCUCGGCGUUUAUCCUGAAGAUUCUGGUGUAUAUACCUGUCAAGCUAGAAAUCAACUCGGCGAAGCAGUUACUUCGUGUUCCGUAAGAGUACACGCCAAGAAGGAUUUACUUCUAGAAUCUCAACAUCCCGAAGGAUUGGAAAGAAUACAGUAUUUGGAGGAUGCAUCACGAUACAAAAGACACGAACUAGUGGAUGAAGUCGUCACUGUAAAGCCGAAAUUUAUUACAAAACCGAAAAACCAAGAAAAUCUUCGAGAAGGACAACAUGCUCAUUUCGAGUGCAAAUUGGAGCCGGUAACAGAUCCGAAUUUAAAAGUCGAGUGGUUUAAAAAUGGUCGUCCAGUAACGAUAGGACACCGUUUUCGUCCAAUUCAUGAUUUUGGUUACGUUGCAUUGGACGUAAUUGAUUUGAUUGCCGAGGAUUCUGGAACGUACACUUGUCGUGCUGUUAAUCUGGUAGGAAGUGACGAAGUACUCUGUACUUUAACGUGUCGCUCGAGCGCACAAAUAUUAACGGAUACGCAAAAUGAGCUUGGACUUGAACAGAUUCACUAUCUUGAGGAUAAAUCCAAAUAUCAUAGACAAGAAGUUAUUGAAGAAACUACCACUCAGGCGCCUAUUUUCACAACUUCAUUAAAUAACGUCGAGAUAAAAGAGGGUCAGCGAGCACAUUUUGAAUGUAGAUUAAUUCCAGUGUCCGAUGCAACAAUGAAAAUCGAAUGGUACCAUAAUAAUAAACCAGUGAAAGCAGGCUCGAGAUUCAUCGAAACAAACAACUUUGGUUUCGUUGCUCUCGAUAUUAUGUACGCGUACCCCGAAGACUCUGGGACAUACACUUGCAGAGCUAAAAAUAUUAUUGGUGAAGCCAUCACUUCUGCAACCGCUAUCGUUCACUCUAAAAAGUCAAUCUACACAGAGACUCAGAGCGAAGAAACUCUUCAACGUCUUCGCUCGUUGGAGGACACGUCUCGUUAUCAACGUAAAGCUACAACCGAGGAAAUUAUUACGCAAGCUCCUGUAUUUACGAUGCCGAUAAAAGAUCUUCGUGUUGCUGAGAAUCAAGCAGCACAUUUCGAAGCACGUGUUAUUCCAGUUGGAGAUCCUAAACUCAAAGUAGAAUGGCUACGUAAUGGAGUUCCUAUUUCAGCCUCAAAUCGAGUAACGACCAUGCACGAUUUUGGAUAUGUCGCUUUAAAUAUGAAGUACGUCAAUCCCGAAGAAUCAGGCACUUAUACGUGUCGUGCUACAAACGAACUUGGAGAAGCAGUUACUUCAGCAACAUUGUUCGUUCAAUCCAAGGCAGCGUUGCAGUUCGAAUCACAACAUGAGGGCGCUUUAUCGAAACUUCAAGCCCUAGAGGAUACUAUGAAAUAUCAACGUCGUGAGGAGGAGGAGAUUGUGAUAAAAGAUAAGCCAUCCUUUACGGUACAACUCAACGGACCUACCAGUUUAGUCGAAGGACAAAGCGCACAUUAUGAGUGUCGCAUAGAACCUUACCCUGAUCCCAACAUGAAAGUGGAAUGGUUUCACAAUGGCAAACCAUUAUCCACUGGUCACAGAUAUAGAACUACUUGUGAUUUUGGAUUCGCAUCGUUGGAUGUAUUGACCGUAUAUGCCGAAGAUUCGGGCACGUAUGCUUGUCAAGCCACUAAUAAAUUGGGAUCGGCGAAAAGCUCAAUUAAUCUUGACGUGAAGUCUCGAGCAUCAAUUAUUCAUGACACGCAACACGAGAGUGCAUUGAAAAAAAUACAAUAUCUUGAAGAUGAUUCAAGAUAUAAACGAGUGAUCGAAGAAGAUACGAUCAUUGCUGAGAAGCCCACUUUCGGACGACCAUUGAAAAAUAUUGAGCAUCUUCCAGAAGGCAAAAACGCUCAUCUUGAAGCUACAUUGACUCCCGUGAAUGAUCCGACGAUGGUUGUCGAAUGGUUUAGAAAUGGACGUCCUGUUCCUCAAGGACAUAAAUUUAAAACAACCUAUGACUUUGGAUACGUCGCUCUCGAUAUUCUCUAUGCUUAUCCUGAAGAUUCUGGUACCUAUAUGUGCAAAGCAAGAAACGCUGUAGGUGAAGCGAUCACUACUUGCGUGAUCAGCGUGGAUUCAAAACAAGGCUUAUAUCUCGAUACAUUGGAUGCACAACGUUUGCAAAAAAUUCGAGAGCUGGAAACUGUUGAAGUUAAAGAAGAAAUCGAAAAAGAGGUUAUUCAUCAGAAACCUGUAUUCUUGACACCGUUGAACAAUCUGGAUCAUCUCAAGGAAGGCGAACAUGCUCAUUUAGAAUGUCGUGUGGAGCCGAUUAACGAUCCGAACUUAAAAAUCGAAUGGUUUGUUAAUGGAGUUGCGAUUAAAACUGGUCAUCGCUUCCGUACAACACAUGAUUUUGGCUAUGUCGCUCUUGAUAUUCUUUAUACCUAUCCUGAAGAUUCCGGUACUUACAUGUGUAAAGCAACCAACCUAGUUGGCGAAGCCGUUAAUACUUGCACUAUCAAAGUCAGCUCACGACGGAGUAUUCUUUUGGAUACCCAACAUCCGGAUGGUUUAGAAAAGAUUCGAGAAUUAGAGUCUCAGGGUCAUCCUGCACGAUUAGAAAUUGAGGAACUGCCAGUAACACCACCGAGAUUUGUCUCUGAGCUUAGGGGUACAACUGAAGUAUAUGAGGGGCAAACAGCUCACUUCGAGUGUCAAGUAGAGCCUUUGCAUGACGCAAAUCUAAGAAUCGAAUUCUUUCAUAAUGGUAAACCAUUGCCAUCGGCAGCGCGUUUCCAUGUGACUUUCGAUUUUGGAUAUGUAGCUUUGGACAUUGGUCAUGCCGUACCCGAAGAUGCAGGACAAUAUUCCGUACGAGCGAUUAACGCGUUAGGACAAUGCGUAUCAUCAAUCGAGCUUAAGGUAAUCCCAAGAGAUAACAUUAUUCUGGAUUCUCAACGGCCGGAGGGAAUGGACAAAAUCAGGGAGCUCGAAGCCCAACAACCAUGGAAGAGACCGGAGAUUCCAGAGCCUCAAACUCGACAGCGACCAGUCUUCACGCAACCAUUGCAAAAUAUCGAUAAUAUUACCGAAGGUCACACUGCGCAUUUCGAAUGCAGACUCAUACCCGUAGGUGAUCCUAUGCUCAAAGUGGAAUGGUUUAGAAACGAAGUGCCUCUUGAGACAAGUUCGCGAAUUACAAAAGUGCAUGACUUUGGCUAUGUAUCUCUUGAUAUUGCUCACAUACGUGACAAAGAUGAAGGAGUUUACAUGUGCCGCGCAUCUAAUCCGUUGGGCGAAGCGGUUACCACAGCUUCAAUGAAGAUUAAAACUAAGGAGAGCAUACAGUUAGAUACUCAACAUCCAGAGGCGCAACGUAGAAUCGCUCAGUUGGAAGCCAAGGAAGCCGGACGACCCGAAGAACCGGAAAAAGUGUUUGAUAAACCGAUUUUUACGCAGUUGCUAACUGGUCCAACGGAACUUUGGGAAGGACAAAUGGCUAGAUACGAAUGCAGAGUCGUUCCUGUCGGCGACACGAGUUUAAAAUUCGAAUGGUACAUGAACGGAGUUGAAUUAAAAAUGGGUUCACGCUUCCACGUAAACCAUGAUUUCGGGUACGUAACAUUGGACAUUCUAAAAGUUAUUCCUGAAGACUCUGGAGUCUAUACUUGCAAGGCGAUUAACAAUGCAGGAGAGGCAAUAUCGUCGAUCUCCUUGAAAGUAAAAGCGCGUUCAGCCAUCGAUUCUGACAGCAUACAAACAGAUGCGUGGCAGAAGAUUCAAUUGAAAGAAGCAGAAAUGAAUAAAGUGCCAGAAAUGUUUGUCGAUACAACUCCGCAGCAGGCACCAGUUUUCACCAAACAUCUCGAAAGUUUCGAUAAGUUGAUAGAGGGUCAACGUGUCUAUUUAGAAGCUCAGGUAGAGCCGCGGGCGGAUCCUAAUUUGAGAGUGGAAUGGUUUAAGAAUGGUAUAACUCUCCAAACUGGAACGAGACUUCGUAGUACGUUUGAUUUUGGUUUAGUAACACUAUCGAUUAACGGGCUAAGACCCGAUGAUUCCGCAAUUUAUACAUGCAAAGCAACUAAUCUUUUGGGAGAAGCCGUGUCAACUUGUAGUUUGAAAAUUGCCGAUCGUCAUUGGUUAUUGGGAGAUACUUUGCAUCCUGAUGCUCUAUCGAAAAUCGAUGCUUUGGAACAGCCUCAGAGAAUCUCUACUGAGCAACCGGAACCUACUUACGAAGAACCAGUUUUUAUCACUCAUUUAAAUAAUGUAGAAUGCAUCGAAGGUGAUAACGCUCACUUCGAAUGCAAUGUAGAACCGUCGAAAGAUCCGACUAUGAAGAUUGAAUGGUUUUUGAACAAUAAACCUUUGCCGACUGGUGCGAGAUUUAAAAGCACUUAUGAUUUUGGUUACGUGGCUCUGGACUUGACUCACGCUUACGAAGAAGAUUCUGGAGUGAUUACCGUUAAAGCUACAAAUUCAAAAGGAAGUGCACAGACAUCUGGUACUUUAAAAUGUACUAGCAAGCAAAAUAUUUAUCUUCAAACGCAACAUCCACAAGGAGAAGUCGGACUUGAGAAAGUGAAAGAAGCCGAAGAUGCUUAUCUAUCAAAAUACAGAAGACCAGAAGAAAUUCCUGAAUAUGAAUAUCCUAAACCGAUCUGGACAGUGCCUCUCGGGCCUGAAUUUAAAUUGGGAGAAGCUGAACCAUUACAUCUAGAGGGACAAGUUGAGCCAAAGGAUGAUCCUAAUUUAAAGAUUGAGUGGUACUUUAAUGGAAAACCUUUAGAACAUGGUUCACGCUUUAAAAUGACUAGCGAUUUUGGAUUUGUCACUUUGGAUUUAACGGACGUUUAUGAGCGUGACUCUGGUAUUUACACUUGUAAGGCCUAUAACAAAGCAGGCGAAGCUUUCACUUCAACGACAGUUUAUUGUUCUACGAAGGAAAAUAUUAUCGAAAAGUCGCAGCAUCCUAAAGGCAAAGAAGGUCUCGAAGCAAUUCAAGAUCUGGAAGAGUCUUUAAAACGGCAAGAAGGAGCUCCUUUAGGAGAGGAAGAAGGUCAACCACCAAUGUUUACAUCACAAUUCGAGAAUCUGACUAAUCUCUCGGAAGGAGAGAUCGCUCACUUUGAAGCAUCUCUCAUCCCUACUGGUGAUCAAACUAUGGUAGUUGAAUGGUUCUACAACAGCAAAUCUUUAGAAGCUAGUCAUCGCACGAGAACCGUUUACGCUUUCGGCAUGGUUGUUCUCGAAGUUCUUGGUACUAAAAUAGAAGAUUCGGGUACUUAUACUUGUAGAGCUACCAACAAAUGGGGUAAAGCAGAAAUUAGCGUGCAAUUAGAAUGCAUUGACAAAUCCAAGGGACAGAAACCUAAAUUUACAACACAGAUUCAAUCCUUGGAAGGUUUAAAGGAUGGCCAAUCAGCUCACUUUGAGUGUACUCUAAUCCCAGUAGGUGAUCCUCAUAUGAAAGUCGAGUGGUUCCACAAUGGAAAACCUCUACGGCAUUCAUCACGUUUCAAGAUGGUCUCUGAUUUCGGCUUUGUAGUUAUGGAUAUCGCCGGUGUGAUGUCUCACGACAGCGGAGAAUACGUUUGCAAAGCUAGCAAUAAAUACGGCGAAGAUUAUACAAAAGCUACGAUUAAGUGCUUUGGCAAGAGCGGAGUUUACUUAGAUUCUCUGCAGCCGGAUUCGCUUGCUAAAAUUCGAGAACUCGAAAGUUAUACGGGAGAACAAACCACUACAUCUACAAUUCCUGUUGCUGAACCACCGAAAUUCAUUACGCAGAUCGCGGACAUAACAAAACUGAUAGAAGGGCAGUCUGCACACUUCGAGGCUAGACUGACCCCAGUGAACGAUCCCGAUUUGAAAGUCGAGUGGUAUUACAAUGGCAAGAAACUUCCUCACGGCCAUCGAUAUCGCACUUUCCAUGACUUUGGUAUCGUUAUCCUAGAUAUACUCUAUUGUUACGAAGAGAAUUCUGGAGUUUACGAAUGCAGGGCCGUUAAUAAAUAUGGUGAAGAUUCUACGAGAGCAACGCUCAAAUGCUUCUCCAAAGCUAAUCUUGUUUUGGAAUCGCAACUUCCAAAGGGCAUGGAAGGCGGCCUAGAAAAGAUACAAAAUCUCGAAGACUCGAUGAUACGUACGAAAGACGAAAAAAUUGUAGAAGAACGAGGCAAGGCUCCUAUGUUCACUGUACCUUUGAGUAACGUCGAUGGUCUACGAGAGGGAGAAAGUGCGCAUUUCGAGGCACGAGUAAUUCCUACGGACGACUCAAAAUUAAAGGUCGAAUGGUUUUGGAAUGGUAAACCAUUGCGAACAGGAUCUCGCUUCCGCACUUUUUGCGAUUUUGGUUUCGUCAUUUUGGAAAUUUCUCCUAUAUACCCCGAAGACUCUGGCGAAUAUAGUUGUAGAGCAACAAAUGACUACGGUGAGGCAGUGACAACGUGCACGAUGAAGUGUACGGGCAAACGUAGUAUUAUUUUGGAAUCUCAGUUACCCAAAGGUAUGGAGAGUACAAUUGAUAAGAUUGCUGAGUUGGAAGGUCUUGGAGCUGCUUCGGGUCAAAUCAGUCCCGAAGAUGAUAUUGGUAGACCGCCAGAGUUUAUCACGACUCCUUCUGACUUAACUUUGACUGAAAAUUCUCUUGCUCACUUCGAAUGCCGACUACAGCCAAUUAACGAUUCCAGCAUGCGAGUCGAAUGGUUCCACAACGGCAAGCCUCUUCUCGCUGGUAGUAGAGUCAAAACGAUUCAUGACUUCGGUUUCGUCAUUCUAGAAGUUGCAAAUUGCUAUCAACGCGAUUCUGGCUUAUAUACUUGUAAAGCCACCAAUCGUCAUGGUGAAGCCACAGUAUCAUGCAAACUUCAAGUUCGCGGACGUCAAGGUAUCAUCCUGGAGCCUCAAUUACCGAAUAAUUUUAAAACCGGUACAGAAAGCAUUCAGAAAUUGGAAGAGUCCUUAUAUAAGAAAGAUGAGAUUUUAGCGGAGGAAGAAACCCCGAAUCCACCGAAAUUCGUUGUCGAACUUAAAGAUAUUGAAGUUGAAGAAGCUGGACCGAGUCACUUCGACUGUAGAGUCGAGCCUGUGGGUGAUCCUACUAUGCGUAUUGAUUGGUUCCACAAUGGACGGCCCUUCGCGACAGGUUCUCGUGUCCAUCAAAUUAAUGAUUUUGGAUUUAUAUCAUUGGAUAUGUCGUAUACAUAUGCACGAGAUAGCGGCGAAUAUGUCUGCAGAGCUACCAACAAGUGGGGCUCUGCUACUACCAAGGCUACCAUUACUUGUAAAUCCAAGAAAACAAUAGAUUUUGAUUCUCAAUUGCCAAUGGGAAUGAGCGGUGAAAAGCUAAAAGAACUGGAACGAGGACCGGUCUCUCAAGCUCCUGCGGAAGAAGCACCGCAACAACCGCCUCAUUUCAUCACGCAAAUCCAAUCGACAACCGUCGAUGAGGGUGAACCAGUCAGAUUCGAAUGCCGUGUGGAGCCUAAAGAAGACCCGAAUCUACAUAUCGAGUGGUACAGAAAUGGUAAAUUGAUACCUGCUGGGCACAGAUAUAGAACAGUUUACGACAUGGGAUUUGUGUCUAUGGACAUCUUAUAUGUUUAUCCUGAGGAUUCUGGUGAAUAUGUUUGUAAAGCUAUCAAUAACCUUGGAGAAGAUACCACUCGAGCUGCUGUAUCUUGCAAGAAAUUACCAAGCAUUAUUCUGCAAAAUCAAGUACCAAAAGGUAUGAAAAAAUCCGAGGCCUUGAUGCAGAUGGAAGCGACAAUUAAAAAAUAUACUUCGGAAAUUCAUUUAACUGAAGACGAUCUAUAUGAUGCGGAUAAAAAACAACCGCCUCGUUUCGUCACGCAGAUUCAAGAUCAGACUGAUCUUGUUGAAAUGAAUAGUACCAAGUUCGAAUGCCAAUUGGCACCUGUGGGUGAUCCAAAUAUGAAGGUCGAAUGGUUCUUUAACGGGAAACCGUUACCUCAUAAGAAUCGAUUUACGCCUAUUUAUGAUUUUGGCUACGUAGCAAUGAACUUUGGUUGGGUUUAUCCAGAAGACAGUGGCGAAUAUUUAUGCAGAGCUACGAAUCUUUAUGGAAUGGACGAGACCAGAGCUAUAAUCAAAACUGCAGGAAAACCAGGAAUUAUCUAUGAGUCUCAACUUCCAAAAGGCAUGAAAAGCAUCGAAAAAAUCAGAGAAAUGGAAGCAGCAUGGCAAAUAGUACCCGAAGAGGAAGGAGAACAAGAAAAAGUACGCUCGGCGCCUAUUUUCGUGAGUAAACCGGAACCGGUAAUCGUCGAAGAAGGCGAUUGGUCUAGAUUCUGUUGUCGAGUCACUGGACACCCAAGACCUCGAGUUAUGUGGAUAAUCAAUGGACAUACGGUAGUCAACGGAUCCCGCUAUAAAUUAACGUACGACGGCAUGUAUCAUUUGGAUAUACCAAAGACCAGACAGUACGAUCAUGGAAAAGUGGAAGUGAUUGCAAGGAGCUCCGUUGGCGAAACACGUACAGAAACGACUCUAACGGUGAAGCAACGAAGUGACGAUUACCGCGGUGUAUUGAAAAAUUCACCAAGGCCCUGGUACGAUUAUGGACUAACACAGUACCAGACCGAGCGGCAAAACACAGAAUUGGAGCGUGUGUUCGACGAACGUCAUCAAAGCGUUUCCCAAGGAAUCGAGAUUGCCACAGAGCAUCUUGGUCCUAAAGUUAUUAAAGAGCCUGAAACCGAGUGGCAGAAAUCCGUCAAGAGUAAGAAAAAUGAAGAUUAUUACAAUAAGUUGAUGAAUCUUGAAGAGGAACAAGUGCUCAAAGAGACCAGAUUAAGAGAAACUUCGCAUCAGUUUGCUAUUCCUGGCGAUAAAGUCGUUGCACAUUCCUUAGCAAAGGGAAUGGCUCAAAAGUAUGAAGAAAGUUUAGAGGAACAACCGCAAGAAGAACCUAUACAACCACCACCGAAAUAUGUAAAAAAACCAUUUGUUACCGAAGUGGAUAUAGAUACAGAACGCGUUAAAGCCACGGGAAAAUAUCCUCCGGAACCGUCUGAAUCCACAGUUCAUGGUCGCGAAGUUCAUAUUGCGAAACAAAAACAAACACAAAAAGAAGUCAAGGGUGACGUAGAAAUAACGAGAAAAAUUACAGCAACGGAGACAACAGAAGUAGAACAUAAAGCGAAAACACAAGAGCGAAUGGUGCAAGGUCAAGUCAAACCUGCCAAACCGCCUGUUUUCACGAAGAAGAUUCAACCUUGUAGAGCAUUUGAGCAAGAACAAGCCAAGUUUGAAGUUGAAUUUGAUGGCGAUCCACUACCAGCUAUCAAAUGGUAUCGCGAAGAUUUUCCUAUACAAAACUCAGCUGAUCUUCAAAUUUAUACCUUCAGCACCAAAUCGGUAUUAAUUAUCAGACAAGUUUUUAUGGAAGACUCUGGUGUCUUUUCUGUUAUCGCUGAGAAUAGAGGAGGAAAAGCCAAAUGUAGUGCCAAUUUAGUCGUAGAGGAACGCAGAAGGCAGCCAGGACGAGGUGGUGCGGUACCACCCAGUUUCUUAUCCACAAUCCAAUCCGCUUCUGUUGCUACCGGACAACUCGCUAGAUUCGACGCCAAAAUUACCGGCACUAAACCUCUGGAUGUUUAUUGGCUCAAGAACGGCAAAAAGAUAAUAGCGGAUAUCCGUUAUAAAACUUUGGAAGAAGACAAUAUUUAUACACUUUUGAUUCUGGAGACAGUACCAGAGGAUAUUGGCAAAUAUGAAUGUGUUGCGAUUAACAGUGCUGGAGAAGCGCGUUGCGAAGCGGAAUGUACUGUUCGCGGACCUCAAUCUCCAACAAAGGUCGCAAAACCUACAACGCCAACAGUAGAAAAAGCGCCAACUGUUCUGGAGCCAUUAAGAGAUCAAACUAUUAAGGAAGGAACUUCAGUCGCUUUCGCCUGUAGAAUCGCAGGAAAACCUAUUCCCACCAUACAGUGGAAGAAAGCUGAUAAGGUAAUCAAGCCGUCGAAGUAUUUUCAAAUGCAAAAAGAAGGCGAUUUCUGUACUUUGAGGAUUUCUGAAGCCUUUCCCGAAGAUGAAGGUGUUUAUAAAUGUAUUGCUAUAAACCCUGCUGGUGAGGUCACAACGUCUGCCAAUCUCAGAGUUCUCGCGCCCGACACAACUGAUGUCCUGGCAAAAUUGACUCCUUUGAAGGAUCAAAUAGUGAUAGAGGGACAACCAGCUCAAUUUAAAACUCAAGUGAGUCCGGCAAAGCCUAAGCCAACGAUUCAGUGGUAUCGAGAGGGUGCCUUAAUCCCACAAUCACCAGACUUUCAGAUGAUUUAUGAAGGGAACAAUGCGGUGCUACUGAUAGCAACUACCUACGAGGAGGAUACUGGCACCUUCACUUGCCGCGCUACAACCUCAGCCGGUACCGUAGAAACAUCUGCCAAACUCAUCGUCAAAAAGAGAAAAGAAGCCUAUUACGCGGUUCCCGCGGAGACGGGUGCCAGUGUCGAAAUAGAUGCGAAACUUCAUCAAGAUUUGAAGGAAAAUGUAAUUCUGAGAUCUUUACCUCUCAACGAAAAUGAUUCACCAUUUGAAGUACAACUUCAACCUGCUGAUGAAUCGUUGCCUUGGCGAAGAGGACGUGUUCUAUCCCUACCUCGAACUUAUGAUUCACUUCCAUGGCGGAAAGUACAAUCAAGAGAUUCUUCACUGGAUAAGCUCCAAGCUUUCGAGAGUCAAAUAAAACCAUGGACCGAAGAAGAAGUAAUUUUGAAAAAAACUCCCAAGGUUACCAAGGAUGUAACGACAGAAAGGUUAGAAGAAGUUGAGUUACGACCGACGAAGAUUGAAAAAAAAGACAUCCACGGAUUUAAUAUAGAAACAAUUAAGUUGAAAUCCGUACCUAAGGAGGCAACAGAUAAAAUUAUAACAACCGAAGAAUAUGCUAGCGACAAUAUUACGACUGAACUUUAUAAGGAGCAAGAGGAUAAUACUGUGUCAAAAACAUCACGUCGUUUAGAUGAAACUUUGUCGAAAAAAGAGAAACAGGAGAAACCAAGAUCAUGGUCGGAGGAACAAAUUGUUUUAAAGAAAAUGACACCAAAGACGAAAAUAACUUCCGAAUUGGACGUAGAAAAAAUAAAUUUUCUUGAACAAGAGGACACUUCUUUGCUUACAAUUGUAAAGGACGCAGAAAUGCAAAAAUUAAAAAAAGAAAAGUCUAUCACAGAGAAGGAAGAACAAUCCAAACCUUGGACGGAGGAAAGAAUCGCUUUGAAAAAGGCAAAACCGGAAAGAAAGGAAAUACCCAAGGAAAUUCUCGAAACCGUUUCAUUGAAACCUUCGCAAAUAGUAAAGAAAGAUCUUGUGGAAUCAACAUUAGAUAAGGCAAAUCUAAAACCAAUUUCAAAAGAAGAAGUUGAAGCAAUUUCAAUAAUUACGCGAAUUGAUGUCACUACAGACAAAAAAGAGAGAAGAGCAAGCAAAGACGUGGAUAAAACAAUCAUAGAUAAGGAAGAUAAGACAAAACCAUGGACAGAAGAAAAAAUUAUUUUGAAAAAAUCUAAACCUAUGCAAAAAGAAACUGAAAAAGAAAUGAUAGAAACGGUAAAAUUAAAGCCAUCUAAGUUUAUUAAAUCAAUAUCUCCAAAAUCAGAUUUGGAAAAAAUAAAUUUGAAACCUGUCAUGAAAGAAAAGGAAAAUAUUAGAGAAAUCGGUAAAAGUGCUGAAUACGUUGAACAAGAAGAUACUACAUUACUUCAAAUUUCAACUGAGAUGUACGAUGAUAUUAAGUUAAAAUCAGAUACAAGAAAAAAGCUAGUACGAAAAGAAAAACAUAACGAUGAAGACAUUACGGUAUAUAAAGAGAAAGAAGAUACUACUUUGCUUAAAGUUAUGUCAGAGCAGGAAACCAAUAUUCAUAAAAAGAUAAAGAAGCAAGAGGAAGUGCCACAGUCAAAGACAUGGAUGGAAGAAAAAAUAACCUUAAAAAGGACAAAACCGGAACAGAAAGAAGUAUAUAACGAAACUCUUGAGGAAGUAUCAUUAAAGCCAACAUCAAGGUCAGACAAAGUAAUAUUAAAGAAAGAAUUAGAGAAAGUAGAUUUGAAACACAUCAAAAUAAAAGGUAUAGAUUUGACUGGAGUCAAACAGCAAAAAAACGUACCAUAUCAUGAAGAAGAAGAUAAAAUAAUUAUAGAAAUGGCCAAAGACGUUGAGUCUAUUAAAAAAGUGAACAGUGAGAAAAAAUCUAAAAGUAUACCAUAUAUGGAAAAGGAAGACACUACAAUCCUUAACAUCGAUAGAACUGACAAUAUAAUUGAAAAAUCUAAAAAAGAAGAGGUACCAUGGGUUAGAGGUAAAAAAGCAAAAGAAAAAAAAGAAAUUGAGGAAACAAAAACAUCUCAAAUAAUUAAACUUGAAGUUAAACUGGAAGAAGAUGAACCUACGGAAAUUUCCGAAGUUCCAUGGCGCCGUAAAUUAAAAUCUUCAAUUCAAAAAACGACUUCGGAAAUCGAAUCUGAUAAAACAACAUUUGACAUUAAAGAACCAUCCGAAGUAACAUGGCAAAAAUCUAAAAAAAGUAAAACAACGAAAACUAUUAAAGAAAAACCUCAAAUUGAAGAUUUCACAUCUGUUGUACUGAAACCGACAAAAUGGCACGAAAAUCCUGAAGAGCAAAAAUCGAUACAAGAAAUUACACUACAUCCAGCAAAACGAUUACUUAAAGAAAAAGAAGUGUCAGAAGAUAUCACGCAUACACCAGUGACAAAGGAAACACCCAAAUCAGAAGCUUCACCUGAAAAAAUCGGUGAAGCCAUUAAUAGAGACAUAUUUAGCAAGAAAAUAGAUGUACCAUGGAGACGUGCAAAGAAAUUAACACCAACUGAACAGAAAUCCGAAGAUUUAGAAUUAAAAUCUACUAAGAAAAUAAUAAAACCAGAGGAAGAACAAUCUGAGGAAGUAAUAUUGAAACAUGUCAGAAAACUUCCAAAAGAGGAAGAAUCAAAACAUGAAAUCACUUUGAAACCAUUACAAAAGGAAAAAGUUGAAGAGAAACCGCAGCAGAUCCGAUUAAAGCCAGUGAAGAAGAUGGACAAAUCUGAAGAGCAGAAACCAGAGAAAAUUGUAUUGAAACCUGUUAGAAAACUUCCUAAAGACGAAGAAUCAAAGGAGGAAAUCACUUUGAAACCAGUGGAAAAGAAAAAAGUUGAAGAAACACCGGAGGAGAUCCGAUUGAAGCCAGUGAAGAAGAUGGACAAAUCUGAAGAGCAGAAACCAGAGAAAAUUGUAUUGAAACCUGUUAGAAAACUUCCUAAAGACGAAGAAUCGAAAGAAGAAAUCACUUUGGAACCAGUGGAAAAGGAAAAAGUUGAAGAAACACCGGAGGAGAUCCGAUUGAAGCCAGUGAAAAAGAUGGACAAACCCGAAGAGCCGAAACUAGAGAAAAUUGUAUUGAAGCCUGUUAGAAAACUUCCUAAAGACGAAGAAUCAAGGAAGCAAAUCACUUUGAAACCAGUGGAAAAGGAAAAAGUUGAAGAAACACCGGAGGAAAUCCGAUUGAAGCCAGUGAAGAAGAUGGACAAACCCGAAGAGUUGAAACCAGAGGAAAUUGUAUUGAAACCUGUUAGAAAGCUUUCUAAAGAUGAAGAAUCAAAGGAAAGCAUUAGUUUGAGACCAGUGGGAAAGGAAAAAAUUGAAGAAACACCGGAGGAGAUCCGACUGAAGCCAGUGAAGAAGAUGGACAAAUCCGAAGAGCCGAAACUAGAGAAAAUUGUAUUAAAGCCUGUUAGAAAACUUCCUAAAGACGAAGAAUCAAAGAAGGAAAUCACUUUGAAACCAGUGGAAAAGGAAAAAGUUGAAGAAACACCGGAGGAGAUCCGAUUGAAGCCAGUGAAGAAGAUGGACAAAUCCGAAGAGCCGAAACUAGAGAAAAUUGUAUUGAAGCCUGUUAGAAAACUUCCUAAAGACGAAGAAUCAAAGGAGGAAAUCACUUUGAAACCAGUGGAAAAGGAAAAAGUUGAAGAAACACCGGAGGAGAUCCGAUUGAUGCCAUUGAAGAAGAUGGACAAACCCGAAGAGCCAAAACCAGACAAAAUUGUAUUGAAACCUGUUGGAAAACUUCCUAAAGAUGAAGAAUCAAAGGAGAAAAUCACUUUGAAACCAGUAGAAAAGGAAAAAGUUGAAGAAACACCUGAGGAGAUCCGAUUGAAGCCAGUGAAGAAGAUGGACAAACCCGAAGAGACAAAACCAGAGAAAAUUGUAUUGAAACCUGUUAGAAAACUUCCUAAAGAUGAAGAAUCAAAGGAGAAAAUCACUUUGAAACCAGUGGAAAAGGAAAAAGUUGAAGAAACACCGGAGGAUAUCCGAUUGAAGCCAGUGAAAAAGAUGGACAAACCCGAAGAGCCGAAACCAGAGAAAAUUGUAUUGAAGCCUGUUAGAAAACUUCCUAAAGACGAAGAAUCAAAGGAGGAAAUCACUUUGAAACCAGUGGAAAAGGAAAAAGUUGAAGAAACGCCGGAAGAGGUCCGAUUGAAACCAGUGAAAAAGAUGGACAAACCCGAAGAGCCGAAACCAGAGAAAAUUGUAUUGAAACCUGUUAGAAAGCUUUCUAAAGACAAAGAAUCAAAGGAAAGCAUUAGUUUGAGACCAGUGGAAAAGGAAAAAGUUGAACAAAAAGCGGAGGAGAUCCGAUUGAAGCCAGUGAAGAAGAUGGACAAACCCGAAGAGCCGAAACCAGAGAAAAUUGUAUUGAAGCCUGUUAGAAAACUGUCUAAAGACGAAGAAUCGAAAGAAGAAAUUACUUUGAAAUCAGUGGAAAAAGAAAAAGUUGAAGAAAUACUGGAGGAGAUCCGUUUGAAGCCAGUGAAAAAGAUAGACAAAUCCGAAGAGCCAAAACCGGAGCAAGUUGUAUUGAAACCUGUUAGAAAGCUUGCCAAAGAAGAAGAAUCGAAGGAGCAAAUUACUUUGAAAUCAGUGGAAAAGGAAGAACCCGAAGACAUAAAGUUACAACCAGUAUCUGAAAUGCUAACAGAAAUUAUAGAGGAAAAAUCCAAAGAUAAGGAGCCAACAGAAAUAAUCGAAACUCCUUGGCGACGUAAGCGAACAAAGAAAGUUGUUGAUUUUAAGGAUGAAGUAACAAUAGUGUCUAUUGAUCAAGAAGAAUCUGUUAUAGACGUUUGUGAAGAAAAAGAGGCAAUAAUAAUUACAACUGAAGAUAGUCAGGAUCUAUUUGAACGAAAGAUGGAACCUACGCCAUCGUUUAAAGAAGAUAAGCUAACAGACGAAGUGAUUACAAGUGAAGUUUCAUGGAGAAAGAAGAAACAAAUACAUUUAAAAACAGAAGAAGAGAAAGAAAUUGUUGUGUUGAAACCAAUUGGAGAAGUGGAAAAGUCAGAGCUAAAAAUUAAACAACCUGAAGAACAUGUAUUAGCUUUUAUAGAAGAUAAAAAAUUACCUGAUGAAAUGUACGAAGAAGACAAAGUUUUCGAAUUAAAAUCCGUAAAGCUUACGGAGCAAAUAGCAGAAAUUUCAGAAGGGAAAGAUGAAAUCAUUACUGAAUCAGUUGUAACAAAAUCUAAGGUAAAAGAAAAAGUGCCCGAAAGAAUCACUUCUAAUAUUAUCGAAGAAGAAGCUGCCAAGUUACAAAUUAAAGCAGAUAUCACACAAAUAGAAGACCGUAAGAGAAAACGUAGACAACGUACUCAGGUUGAUAUAUCAGUUACAGAUAAAGACAAAACGAUUGCUCCAAGAUUUAUUCAAAAAUUACAACCUGUUAUCGCUGAGUUGAAAAAACCUGCCCAAUUUACAUGUACUGUUAUAGGAAAUCCAUUGCCUGAAAUUUCUUGGUAUAAAAAUGAGCAAGAACUCCAUGCUAGCGAAAAGUAUACUAUGACUAUAUUUGAGACAACGGCAACCUUAGAAAUUACAAACGUUAAAGAAGAAGACGCUGGAAUAUAUUCUUGUAGAGCAUCUAAUCCAGCUGGCGUGGCAACAUCCACUGUCAACCUUGUGAUAUUCGAAAAAGAAGAAGAAGGCAUAGCACCGCAUUUCUCAACGCCUAUUAAACCGUUAAUGAUUGAAGAGCAUACACCUGCCUUAUUAGAAUGUGUUGUAACCGGUAUGCCAAUACCUGAAGUGAAAUGGUAUCGCGACGAAAAAGAAGUAGAACUAAAUGAAAGAACGAAGAUAACUUUCAACCCAACUACUGGAGAAGCUAAACUGCAAAUUUUAGAACCAAUGCCCGAAGAUGAAACAAUUUAUCGUGUUCGUGCUAUAAAUAAAUAUGGCCGCGCUGAAUGCAGAGCUAAUUUAGUGAUCAGUAACAUCAUUAAAGUGAGCAAACCAGUUGUUCUCAGAGCACCGCGAAUUACACGACCUUUGCCCGCUUUAAUAAUUGAACGCGGAAAGUGUCUGAAAUUUCUAGCUGAUUUUGAUGGCAUACCGAAACCAGAAGUCAAGUGGUUCCGCAAUGGUAUUGAAAUUACACCGACUAACAAAUGCAAAAUAGACAUUUAUGAAAGUACAACCGAAUUAAAUAUAAUAGAAGCAACAAACAAAGAUAGCGGCAAGUAUGAGAUAAGAGUUCAGAAUAAAGUCGGUGAAGCGAGAAGCUCGAGUUCUGUUACUGUUAAAGAACACAAAGACACUAUGAGCGAAGUAAAAGCACCAAUGUUUGUGGAACCCAUUCAGCCUCAAAUUGUUGCAGAAGGAGAAGUUGUUAUCAUGGACAUACGAGUGGAAUCAUAUCCAGCAGCAUCUUUUCAGUGGUUCCAUGAAAGCAAGCCUCUUGAGUCGACACCACAAGUAAGAAUUGUGACUCAAGAAAAUCGAUCGAUCUUAAUGGUGAAAGAAGUCACAUCAGAAUUUGCUGGCAAUUACACAUGUCGUGCUGAAAAUGUUGGUGGCUCUGUUACUUGUACAGCCACCGUUAAUUUGAUGGAAAUAACAUGGGAAGAAGCAAUUGAAUUAGUCUCACCGACAUUCGUAAAGAGAUUAUCACCUGUAAAAGUUAUGGACGGUGAGAGUGUUAAUUUGAUCUGCGUCGUUGAAGGGAAACCAACACCCAGAGUAGAAUGGUAUCACAACGACAUGCCAAUUAAAGAAGGAAAAGAAAUUACAAUUAUUCAGGAUAUGGAGGGUGUCUGUAGUUUAGCUAUUACUGAAGUAUUCCCGGAAGAUGCUGGAGAAUAUACCUGUCGUGCUGUGAAUCCUGUUGGCGAAGCUGUCUGCAUGUCAACGCUCAUUGUUGAAGCGUACGAGUAUGUGCCGGAUUCUGAAAUUGCAUCUUCAAUAGUCGCGACAUCUCUUACCACAGGACAGAGUGGAUCAGAAGAAGACCUUCUAUCUCCGAAAGAAACUCCUAUCUUCGACACUGAUAUAGAAGAAUCUGUACCAGAGAUAAUUAAGAAGCUUCCUCAGUUAGUUCCUACUAAAGAUGGGGAAUUAACUAGAUUGGAAGUAAAGGUGAAAGGCAAACCAAAACCGAAAGGAAAAUGGUAUAAAGAAGGAGUAGAAAUAGUCUCAUCACAAGAAUUCCAAAUUGAAGAAUUUGAAGAUGGUACAUCAGUAUUAACAAUCGCCGAAACUUUCCCCGAUGACACUGGUGAGAUCACAUUUGAAGCUUAUAAUCCACUCGGUGUAUCAACUACAACUACGUAUUUAUCAGUAGAAGGUAUACUCGGAACAAAAGAGUACAGAAAACCAGAGUGGGUUACACAGAUGGAAGAAAUGCAAGAGGCUUUAAAAGCUACACAAGCUGUUCCACGAUUUAUCCAAGAAAUAACGGACGUUUAUACUAAAGAGGGAGAUAUCGCUUUGUUUGAAUGUAUCUACUCUGGUAAUCCCAAACCAGAUGUUGUUUGGUAUAAGAAUGAUAAGCUUAUAAUGAAUACGAACAAUGUAAAAAUACGUAUAUUUGAUAAAGAAAACAGAACUACUCUAACAAUUAAGCAAACUACCAGAGAAGAUGAUGCCACGUAUGUUUGUAAAGCUACCAAUGAAAUUGGUAUGAUAGUAACAAAAGCCAAACUUCAUAUUGAUACUAUCAGCGAAUCAUGGUUAAUGCCGGAUGACAUCAAAGAAGAAGAAAAGCUGGAUAUAAAGCUUAAAAAACAAGAAGAGAAACCGCAUAGAAAGAAGAAAACUGAAUUAAAGAAGGCAAAGGAGAUCAAGGAGAAAGUAAAAACUGAACGUCUCAAAAUUGAGAAAGAAGAAAUCCGCGAAGAGAAACUUAUUCCGAAGGAACAGAUAGAAGAAAAAAGAACUAUCGAUGUUGAAGAGACUCAACUAUUAGAAACUACAGAUUUCAUAGAAGAUAAACCCGAGGAGGUUUCUAGAGCACGAAGAAUAGUACCGAUCCAAGAACCAAUUGUAACUGAAGCAAUAGCUUCUUUAAAGAAAAUUGACGAUCAAAAACCACGAGAACAUAUACCUAAAUUUGAAGAACGUGCCAAACAAAUUGUCGAAGAGCAAGAAAGUGUUGUCGUGUCAGAAAUCACGAGUGAAGAUAUUGCUCCUGAUUUUACCAUCGAAACAAAACUCGAUCACGCUCAAGUUAUUUCGGAAACUUUACAGAAAGUUGCAGUUUCUGAAGCACAUGUAGAAAGUAGUUUGCAAAAAACGAAACUUAUAGAAACAAGGCAAAAAAAGGUAAAGAAAAUAAAAACCGAAAAAAUUAAAGAAGAUAUUACUGUAAAAGAGAUUGUGGAGCGACAAAAAGAAAGCAUAGCUCGGGAAGUCGAUGAGAUAAUGGAGGUACUUGAUGCGACAGAAUUUGGUCCGGGAGAAUCUCCUCUUCGAGAACUUGCGACAAUUGGCUACUUGGUUCGACAAGGUGUUUCCGUAAACGAGAUUAACGAAUGCCUUUACAAGACUGAGAUUUUUCCCGCUCUAAAGACACCCGAUGCUCAAAAUGCUUUAGUUCAAUUAGUAGAAAGAAAAGGCCAUGGUCCCUUGAUCACUCAAGUACUUACCGAAGAGACGACAACUGACGAAAGUUUCGUUGCAGCGACAGUUGGUUUUCGUGCUUUUAUGAGAAUGGUUGAGCUUCAACAUGCAACUGUGGAAGAAGUUAUUAUACAUUUUGCUCCAGAAGAUUUCAAACCACGUGCUUGGGAAGUUACAGAAGUUUCCGAGGUUGACACUGAGCAACAUGCUACGGAAAGAAUAGAUAUUGUUCGCAAAAUGGAAGUUCAUUUUAUGGAGAGGAAGGACGAAAGGAAAGCUACUCACAUACAGGAUAUUCGAGAAAUUAAAGAAUACGAGGACACACGGCAGGCACACACAACAUUGCGCAAACGCAAAGAUAAAAAACCAAGGGAAAUUGAAGAAACAACACAAGAUAGGGAAGAGAUAGGGAUUCAAUCUAUAAAAAUCGAGGAAAUCGAAGAGAUUGAUAAAGAAAGAAAAAAGGAAGAAGUCGAAGAAGAGAUUAUUGAACUCGAACGGGAUUCAAAGGGCAGAUUGAUUCGUAAACAAAAACAAAAAGAAAUGGAAAAACAAAUAAACAUAGAAGAGGAAGAAGAAACUAUUAAAAAAAUUAGAAAGACAUUAAUACCAAAACGAUCAAACAUUGGUAGAGAUGAGAUACAACUGGAAGAGAUAGAAGAAUUUGAAGUAACAAAAGAUCAAUUACUGCCGUCUAUGGUUUUAAAUGUAUCUAGUCAACGAAAUCAAGUGAUACCAUUAGAUCAUACAAUCGAACAAGCACCUGGCAAACCCGAAUCAGAGAAAGCUAAAUACACAUUAGACACUGUUAUCGCGCUAACGGAACAAAUAACAUCAGUACACGAAAAAGUAAUUGAUCAAGUGGCAAGUACCAAACCUAUCGAACGUAAAGCGUCAAUAUCAAUAUCAUCGAUAGAACCAUAUUCUACUAUGGAAACUACUGCACAUAUAUCCACUAAUGAAUUUUCUGGAUCUUUCAAAGCUACUUCUUAUGAAGCUACACCUUCUGUAAUAACGAAAGAAAGUCUUCUCAUCAGCGAAACAUUGACUCACGAUGAAAAUGUAUCAAAUCUAACUUUGACUAUACCAGAAACUAGUCGAAAAGCAGAUGUGCAGGUCACUGUCCAAGAAGCUACAACUAUUAGAGAGACCAUAGUUAAUCAAAGCGAAAUAUCGACCGAAGAUUUUAUAACACCUUUAAGCGUUAAAGCGGAAGAUAUUGUCUUACCACAAAUAUCACUUUCGGUUUAUGAAAUACAGGAAGGUUUGGUUGAAAAUAAAUUAGAACCUACGAAAACGGUACUUACGAAACCUCGAGUUAACGUCAAUGCAAUAGAACCGUUAAUAGUAGAAGAAAUUCAUUCUGAGGAUAAACCAGGAAAAUAUUAUCCGGAGUUAAUAGUACCUACCGAAGUCGCUACCAAAUCGAUAAUUUCGCAACGACAACGCGUUACCGAAGAGAUGAAUGCACCCGAAAAAGAAGGAACAUACAUUUCAAAUAGAUUACCGCCGAGUCAAACGGCCCAAAUUGAAAUUUCCUAUGGAAAUGAAACGGCUGUUAUUCGUCAUGAUCUCGUACAGGAGCGUGAAGGUGAAUAUAUUCCCGAGCGUAAAGUAGAUUCUUUCGAAGUUACUCCAAAUGUUACUCUUUUGGAAGGAGUCACGAUAUCAAUGAUCGAUAUUCAACAAAAAGAAGAUGAUUUGACGAUCGAAGAGAGUAAACAGAUUACAGCCGACUUGAAUGUCGUCGAAAUUAUGUCAGCUGUGACGGUGGAAACGAUGACAUCUGAAAAAGAACAAGAUUAUCAACCUGAAGAAAAGCCUACUACUAAACUAGCCGUUACAUCGAUUUCCCCAUUGGAGAUUGGUUCUGUAACAGACACAAUUGUUCAAGAAUCUGAAGGAACUUAUAGUGCCGAUCAGAAACCGUUCGAAGUAUUGGCGGAAACAUCAGUUAGACCGGAGGAACACAUAUUGAUAUCUCAAGUUCAAACCGCAGACUAUCCCGCGGAUUUGAAAGAUAUACUCAAGUAUGUCAUAGAGAGCGGUGUUGUAUCCAUUCAAUUAACCGAAGCGAAAACUGUCCUUGAAACGCUCAUUCAUGAUCGAGAGACUAGCAUGAAGGAAGAUGCUAAACCGGAAAUCCAUACCAUCGAGAUGAUCUAUGAUGCUAUCAGAGGUAUUGAAAUAUCGCAAACGACUUUUGGAGAAAAAGAAGCCGAAUUGAAAAUUUUUGAAAUGCCUGAAUCACAUCGCGGAAAAACAGUACCGACUCAUCCACUGAUCUCGCUUGAAGUUCAGGAAACCCAACCUGAAAAUAAUUUAGGUAAAGUCAUGAAAGAAGCCGUAUCAACUGCUACAGCUCAAAUCGAAGCAGUCAGUUUGCAAGAAACAAUUGUUGAUGAGACUGUUGCAGCAGAAGAUGUAGCUCCGACGAGGAAAGAUAAGACUCCUGAAACAAUGACCGCAGUAAUUUCAAUGAAUCAGAUCGAGAGCUUACACACUACAAUGAUUGUAGCGGAUGAAAAAGAAAGUGAAUAUCUUGAUAUGACCGAUGUUAAAAGUGCGUUUGCAAAUACUGAAUAUAUGACGCAAGUGGCUCCUAUAUUCGAACAAGUAAGAACAGAAUCGCCGACCGAAGAGUAUCUAGCGGUAGACAAACCUGUGAGUGGAAAAGCAUAUCCAUCUCAUGUUCCUAUAGAAACUAUCAGUAUCGUUAUGCAAGAAAUCGCAGAAAAGGAAGAUGUUUAUAAAGCAGACAUAAAACCCGAGGAAAAAAUGGCGAACAUUGAACUCACGGAGACAAGACCUGGCGCCAGCGUUCUAGAAAUAAUUCCACAUGAUCUUGAGAAUAUUUACACGCCAGAUGCUGGACCACAAACUCAUACGGUUGAGUCGUCCAUAACUGGUCACACCAUCGCGUCAAAGGCAGAGAUCUUAGUGGAACAAAGUGCUGGAAAAAUAAGAAGUGAUCUACCAAAAUCAGGUAAAGCAAUAGUACAACAAGAAGCUCUAGAAGAAUUGAUAGUAACAGAAACAAAUGUCGGCGAAGCAGAACGAAUCAGAGAUGAGGAUGCGAGUCCUGUUAAACAAAAUGCCGCACUUCAAGUAUGCACUCAAUCUGAAAAUUUGACUGUCACUGAAGUAACUACCGUAUUGAAGGAGGAAGAAUUGUUAAUGAAAAAGUUACCAGACGAACAAAGGGUUAUGUUAGAUAUAACUGAGGGCCAUGAAAUAGCUGAAACACAGGAGAUGAUUCUUGCGAGCAAUAUAAGUACAUUGAAAGAAGAAAAACCACAUCAAGAAAGUGUCAAUCAAUUGCAAAGCGGACUAGAUGUUGUACAACAAAUGGAAAUAUCAGUAUCUGAGAAAGAAUCUCCUUUAGAAACGAAUGUAAAACCUGAUAUUAAAAAGGUUGGCAUUACUUUUCAAGAAGGAGAAAGUUUGACAAUUGAAAUUACGCAUUCUGAAGACAAAGAAGAUAUAUUUAAUGGAAAACAGGCGCCAAAAACAGCCGAAGCUACAAUAGACGUAGUAACACAAAAUAUAGCAUCGACAUUUGAGAUUGUUAGUGGUGUUGUUCCAACUGAAUUAUCUACCAAACCUAUCCAAGGUGCACAUCCUAAAACGAUAUUAUUACCAUUUGAAACAGCCGUUGCUGAAGAAGUGCAAACAAGAGAAACUGAAAAGCUUUUUCCUCAUACGUUGGUACCAGAGAAAAAAGCUAAUUUUGAAUUUGUAAUGGGUGAAGUUCUUGUUGUUUCUUCUGUAACAACGGGUGACAAAGAAAGUACGCUUGCAGAAAUAGAAAAACCACAAUUGAAAUCUGCUACUUUCGAUAUUCCUACUUAUACCGUGGCAGAAGCUGCUGAAAUAACCGCAACUGACAACAUCAGCGAAUUAAUACGCGAAGAGACGAUCUCCGCAAUGGCUAUGACCGAGCAUAUAACUCAUCAUAGUAUCGUUACAUCCGAAAUGUCAACUGGUGACUCAGAACAGCUUAUGCUUGAUUUCGUCAAACCAGAUAAAAAAAAAGUAGAUAUAUCGUUUGAAGAAGAAACAAGCAUAACAGUGACUGAAACAAUUGCGUCUGAUAAGGAGCGAGAAUAUUUGAAGAAACCGGAUGUUCCAGGUGAAAAAAUUAACACCAGCUUUGAUGCUCAUAAAAUCGCCGAACUUACUGAGGUUACACCAGCCAUUUAUCCAGGAGACCUCAAUGUGAAAAUACCAGCGACAGCAGCAGCAAAAGAAAAACGUUUGCCGUUUGAGAGCAUCGUUCAAAGCGAAACUAUUGCAACAGAAACAGAAAUAGAAUUUCAAGAUAAACAAGCCAAAACCGACACGGCUCGAAUAUCCGUCGAUGAGAUUAUCAGUGCCACUAUGUCUACUGAGAUUUUAGGCGAAAAGGAAGAUAUUCUCCAAAUUCCCGAAAAACCCACAGAGAAAAAAGCCGAGAUUCAAUUUGCCGGACAUACUAUUGCUGAGAAGAGCGAAGUCACUCCAAAUUCUAGUGCUGGAGAAUUAAUAGAGACAAAACCGACUUCUAUUUCAGCCAUAUUCUCGAAUAUUCCGUUAGAGGCAAUAGUAGCAAUGGAAACUCAGCCAACGGAAAUGGAGACUAUACUCAAGAAAGAUAAAAUACCAUCGAUGGUUCAAGCUGAUCUUUCCAUGAUGAUGGAACAAAGUGUACAGGUAUCUUCGGUAAUCUUAGAUGAUAAAGAAACAAAAUAUACGCCGAAAGAAAUACCAAAAACAAAAACAGCAGAGAAAGCUCUAAUCGAAACCCAUGGCGUCGCCGAAACAACAAUACAAAUUGCUAAUUUUAGCACUGGUGAAAUUGCUACUGGCGAAGCACCACUGGUUGCCGUCGCAAUUCCAGAUCACGUAACUUUUAAUUCACUGGUAGAAUCACAAUUUGUUAUUCAAGAAGGAGAAGAGCAAUUUACACCAGCAUUAAUGCCAGAAAAUAAAACUGUAAACAUCGAUAUGGAAGAAGGUAAAGUCAUCGCGAGUAUAAAACAUAUAACACCAGCAGAUAAAGAAUCGACAUAUAUCGUCGAGGAGCAACCGCGUCAACACGCUGCUUCAUUCGAUAUCGAUGCCACUCACAGUAUAGCAGAAACGACCGCGAUAGCUAUUGAACAUUCUGUAGGAAAAGUAACCAUCAAAAAGCCAGACGUUAAAACCGUAUUACCUACACACGAAGUAUAUCAAAGUCUUUUAGUAACUGAAGACAUGAUUCAAGAUCAAGAGAAACCUUUCAAAGGCAAAUUCACGCCAGAAAUACACAAAAUAGAAUUAUCUGUCGAAGAAGGCAAGCGCGUCACCUCUGUUACGGAAAUUAAAAUAGCUGACAAAGAAGCUCCCCUUGAAACAUUACGGGAAGAUAAAUCUCGCUUGGCACUCUCAAUUAUUGUUCCUGGUCACGAAGUCGCCGAGAGAUCUGAAAUAAUUACCAGUUCAAAUACAGGUGAAAUGAACGAAGUUAUAGUACCAACAAAAGUAACCGCGCUAAUUGGUCAAAAACCGUUUGAGACAGUACAAUUCUCCGAACAAACCUUAGUGGAGAAAGAAAUAGAUAGGAUUCAGAAAACGCCAUUGACAAAAACAAAAGCUCAUGUUGUUUUAGAUGAAAAUAGAUUCGUUGCCAUUACAGAAUCUAUUAAUGCUCAAGACAUUGAAGAGGAAUUUGCUACAAAGAAACUUCGCCAUGAAGCGGCAAAUCUUUUAAUGGAAGGUAAAGAAGUAGCUGAACGAACGGAAAUUAAUUUACGCGAAGAACUCGGAGAAUUACCUUCAGCAAUGAAACCCAUUAUAUGCGAAGCACAUAAAACACAAUCUGCUUUGGAAGGUAUUGACGUCAGCGAAAUGGUUCCUCAAGAGCAAGGUGCAAUAUUCACUGAUAAAUUCAAACCCGAUAAGCGUAGCGCCGAGAUUCGCUUCGUCGAAGGGAAAAGUAUUACCGUAGAUCAUACCUUAACACAAGACAAAGAAGAAACGAUGAAUAUUCCGAAAUACGAAGAGAGUAUGGCAAGAGUAAAAUUAGCAAAACUUGGUAUGGAUAUUGCCCAAAAGGCUCAAAUAUUUAUUGAGCAAAAUACUGAACCGAUUAAACCUUUUGAAAAGGUACAAGCCGAAGCUCACAUAAAACAAGACACACUUCAACCUAUCAUAGUUUAUGAAGUUCCAAGUGCGGAAAGCGAACGUACUUUCGAUAAGUAUCCGAAGAUAAUAUUUAGUACAGCUAUGCCAGCAUUCGAAGAAGGCCAUGGUGUAUUUAUUACGGAGAUAACAUCUGCCGAAGUUGAAGCAUCAUUGGAAGAGAAGAGACAUGAAAUGUCGCGAACAGCUGUCGAUACUAUUGUUAUUGAGCACGAUAUGAUAGAGACCACAAUGGUGGAAUCACGAGUAGACGUAUCUGAACAACCUUCAGAUUAUAUUUCAACACCUCAAAUUGCCACAUCAGUUCGAGACAUGUUUGAAAGCAUUAUUGUUAAUGAGAAUAUUGUUGAAGAAAGCGAGAAGACUUUCGAUGAUCUUUUUAAACCUGCGACACAAAAAGCGAAUAUUGAUAUAAUGGAGAUAAAGCCAUUACAGAUUUCAGAAACAAUUAUCGAAGACAAGGAAGGGAUGUUGAAUAUUAUUUCAAAGCGAACUGAAGUCAAAGCUACAUCAGAUAUUGAUUUAUUCCAAACUAUUGAAAGUUCUUUCGUAGAAAGUAUACAAAAUACUCGAGAACUUCGAAAAGAAAAACCACUUUUCUCUCAAGCAACUAUGAUUCAGACUACGGUGGAACCAAUAGUAAAGUCAGAAACAACACCAGCCGAAAGAGAAGACAUUUUUGAGUGCAAAUUCCAACCCGAAGGGCAGAAAGGCAAACCGCAAUUCGAAAGUCUUACAACAGUUGUAAUUACUGAAACAGCUUCUAAUGAAAUCGAAGAUAUCUUACCUGAAGCCGUUGCACCAAAACAACAUCAGGCACAAUUAAAGUUGACAGGCAGAGAAACCGCGGAAAUCCUUCAAAUAGUAACAGCGAAUACAACCGAAGAUUUUACAAAAUCUAUUAAAUUAUAUGAACAAAGAGGUAAACCAGGACUCGAAGAAUUGUCAUCAGUAACUGUUUCCGAAAUUAUUUCCAAUGAAGUUGAAAAUCUUCUAGCUAGUAAAGUUAUUCCAAAAGAUAGCAAGGCUGAUUUCAAUAUUUCUGGUAGAGAAGUCGCUGAAACAAUUGAAGUAACAACAUUAUCUGAGACCAAUGAACUUGCUACAGGAGGACUUGAAGAACAGAAAGGUAACCAACAAAUCAAUGAAUUAAUUCCACUUACUAUUUCACAAGUAAUUUCUAAUGAGGCCGAAGAAACAUUAGUUAGCGCUGAGCUUCCUGCGGGAAAAACAGCACAACCAAAUUUGUUCGGUAGAGAUAUUGCGGAAACAACAUUAGUUUUAACAAUGACUAAUGCCGAAGAACUCAUUCCUAUAAAAGAAAUCGGAAAACAGAAGAAAGGUAAACCCAGUCUCGAAGAAUUCAUGCCAUUAAUAAUUUCACAAACAGAAUCUCAAGAAACUGAAAAUGUUCUUAAUAGCCCCAACAUACCAACUGAGAGAACGGCGCAAACAAGUUUAUAUGGCAGAGACGUAGCAGAAACUACAGAAAUAACGACUGCGUUAAGUCUAAAUAAAUUUGUUGAACUUCAAAAGCCCGAGAUACAAAAGGGAAAACCAAAUCUCGAAGAAUUAUUAUCCUUAAGUAUAACGCAAACUAUAUCUAAUGAAGCGGAAGCUUUACUUCCUAAUCCGGAAAUGCCUACGAAAAAAAUGGCACAAACUAAUUUAUCUGGUAGAGAUGUAGCUGAAACUAGUCAAAUUUUAACAAUGAUAAGCACAGAAGAACUUUCAAAUCAAAUAUCACCUGACGAACGUAAAGGGAAAGUACAAAUAGAAGAAUUAUCGUCCUUGACUAUAUCUCAAAUAUUAUCUCAUGAAACCGAAGAAACUUUUGAGAGUCCCAUUGCACCUAAUAGACUCACCGCGGUGCCUAUGAUGUCUGGUAGAGAAAUUGCCGAGAUCUCUCAGGUGCUUACUAUCACAAAUGCUGAAGAACUUUCGAGAUCUAAAAGUCCAACAAAACAGAAAGGCAAACCACAACUAGACGAACUUUCCUCACUUUUAGUUUCUCAAGUAAUAUCUACAGAGACAGAAGCACAACUGCCAAGUCUAGAAAAAUUAGAGGAGAAAACAGCCAUACCAUGUUUCUUAGGUAGAGAAAUAGCUCAGAAAACCGAAAUUAUAACCGCUGUAACUGUAGAACAAAUACCUGAAUUGAAGGAAAAAAAUGAUCAAAAAGGAAAGCCAAGCAUUGAACAAAUGAGUUCUGUUACUGUGUCUGAGGUAAUUUCUACGGACACAGAACAAGAAUUAACGAGAUCAGAGAUUCCAAAACAGCGAAAAGCUCUUCCAAAACUACCCAGCAUAGAAGUUGCGGAGACGUCAGAAGUUUUGACAGUGAGUAACGUUGAAGAGCUUGCAAGAUCACAAGUUCCCGAAGAGCAUAUAGGUAAACCAAACUUAGAAGAACUAAUGCCAUUGUCGAUUUUUGAAGUGUCUUAUAAUGAAGCAGAAAAAGAAUUACUUACACCAGAUCAACCAACUAAACAAAUAGCCGAAAAAACUAUGCUAGGCAUGCGCGUUGCCGAGAAGUCGCAAGUAUUUGCGUCGUUGACAACGGAGGAGAUGGCAGAGUCAGCUAAACCUCUGAUAAAAAAGUUAACACCAGAACAAAUACCCUUUGAGAGUAUACAACAAAUUGAGUCAAUUAUUCAUGAAAGCGAACGUUCAUUUCUUCUCGAUAAAAAGACACCAAGUACCACAGCCGAGGUUUCAUUCGGCGUUUCUGAAGGCGUCGAAAUUAUUCAAGUAACCGCAACAGAGGAGGAAACAAAGGAAGUUGUCAAAAGCCUGGAAGAAGCAGUUAAACAGACAGCUGAGCAAAGAAUGCAAAGUAUUCACGUUGCAGAAAAAUCUCAGGUCAUUACAUCUUCAACAACGGAAGGGAUGAUGGCAUUUAUUAAGCCAGAGACAAAGAAACUAAUACCCGAACAAAUACCGUUUGUAAGCAUACAGCAAAUUGAAUCAAUUCCCCACGAAAGCGAGCAUUCUCUUCUUCCUGAUAAAAAGACACCAAGUAAAAAAGCCGAUAUUUUAUUCCGCGUUUCCGAAGGCAUCGAAGUUUUCGAAGUAACCGCUACGGAGAAAGAAGCAAAAGAAGUAAUAAAAAGUUUGGGAGAAACAAAUCAACAAAUAGCCGAGCAGAGCAUGUUGAGCAUGGGCGUUGCAGAACAGUCACAAGUAAUUGCGUCGUCAACAACAGAGAACAUGAUUGAGUCCGUUAAGCCGGAAAUAAAGAAAAUAAUACCAGAACAAAUACCGUUUGAGAGUAUACAACAAACUGAGUCGAUUUCUCAUGAAAGAGAAAGUUCGAUUGUUUCUGACAAAGAUACAUCCAUUGCAACGGUCGACAUUACAUUCCGCGUUUCUGAAGGCAUCGAAGUUAUUCAGGUAACCGCUACGGAAAAGGAAACGAAAAAUAUCAUAAAAAGUUUGGAAAAAGCAACGGAACAGAUAGCUGAGCAAAGCAUACCGACUAUGCGUGUUGCAGAACAAUCUCAAACUAUUACUUCAUCAACAACAAAAGAGAUGGUAGAAUCAAAACCUGAGAUAAAGAGAAUAAUGCCGGAACAAAUACCAUUUGAAUGUAUACAACUGAUUGAAUCAAUUCCUCAUGAAAGUGAACGUUCACUUCUCUUAGAUAAGAAAGUACCAACUACAAUGGCUGACGUUUCAUUCCGUGUUUCCGAAGGAGUCGAAGUUAUUCAAGUAACAGCUACGGAAAAAGAAACAAAAGAAAUAGUAAAAAAAGUAGAAGAAGCAACUAAACAGAUAGCUGAGCAAAAUAUACUGGGCAUGCGUGUUGCAGAACAGUCUCAAGUAAUUGCAUCAUCAACAACGGAAGAAAUUAUAGAGUUUGGUAAACCUGAAAUAAAGACGAUAAUACCGGAACAAAUACCGUUUGAAAGCAUACAGCAGACCGAGUCAAUUCCUAAUGAAAGUGAGCAUACGCUUCUCCCCGAUAAGAAGAUAUUAAGUACAAAAGCCGAUGUUUCAUUCCGUGUUUCCGAAGGCGUCGAAGUUAUUCAAGUAACUGCUACGGAGGAGGAAACAAAGGAAGUUGUAAAAAGUGUGAAAGAAAUAACUAAACAAGUAGCCGAGCAAGGCAUGUUAAGCAUGUCCGUUGCUGAAAAAACUCAAGUAGUUGCAUCAUCGACAACACAAGAAAUUAUAGAAUCUUCCAAGCCUGAAGUAAAGAAAAUUAUUCCAGAACAAAUACCGUUCGAGAGCAUACAGCAGAUUGAAUGCAUUCCUCACGAAAGCGAACGUCUGCUUCUCCACGAUAAGAAGACAUCGAGUUCAAUAGCUGAUGUUUCAUUCAGCGUUUCUGAAGGAAUCGAAGUUACUCAAGUAACGCCUACGGAAAAGGAAACAAAGGAAGUCGUAAUAAGCUUGGGAGAAGAAACUAAACAGAUAGCCGAGCAGAGCAUGUUAAGCAUGCCUGUUGCAGAAAAAACUCAAGUGGUAGCGUCGUCGACAAUACAGGAAAUUAUAGAAUCUUCCAAACCUGAGGAAAAGAAAGUCAUUCCAGAGCAAAUACCGUUCGAGAGCAUACAACAGAUUGAAGCAAUUCCUCAUGAAAGGGAACGUUUGCUUCUUCCCGAUAAGAAGACAUCGAGUUCAAUAGCUGAUGUUUCAUUCAGCGUUUCUGAAGGAAUCGAAGUUACUCAAGUAACGCCUACGGAAAAGGAAACAAAGGAAGUCGUAAUAAGCUUGGGAGAAGAAACUAAACAGAUAGCCGAGCAGAGCAUGUUAAGCAUGCCUGUUGCAGAAAAAACUCAAGUGGUAGCGUCGUCGACAAUACAGGAAAUUAUAGAAUCUUCCAAACUUGAGGAAAAGAAAGUCAUUCCAGAACAAAUACCGUUCGAGAGCAUACAACAGAUUGAAGCAAUUCCUCAUGAAAGGGAAAGUUUGCUUCUCCCCGAUAAGAAGACACCAAGUAUAAAGGCCGAUAUUUCAUUCCGAGUUUCUGAAGGAGUUGAAAUUAUCCAAGUAACCACUACGGAGAAGGAAACUAAAGAAAUCAUAAAAGGCUUGGAAGAAACAACUAAACAAGUAGCCGGGCAGAGCAUGCUGAGUAUGCCCGUUGCUCAAAAAUCUCAAAUGGUUGUAUCAUCAACAACAGAAGAGAUAAUGGAAUCUAUUAAGCCUGAAACGAAAAGAAUAAUUCCGAAACAGAUACCAUUUGAGAGUAUACAACAAAUUGAAUCAAUUCCUCAUGAAAGAGAACACUCGCUUCUUCCAGAUAAAGAAACAUCAAUCGCAACGGCCGAUGUUACAUUCUGCUUUUCUGAAGGUAUCAAAGUUAUACAAGUAACCGCUACAGAAAAGGAAACAAAAGAAGUUGUAAAAGACUUAGAAGAAACAAUUAAACAAACAGCUGAUCAGAGUAUGUUAGGUAUGCUCGUUGUAGAACAAUCUCAAGUAGUUACAUCGUCAACAACAGAAGAGAUGAUAGAACCUGCUAAACCAGAGAUAAAGAAGAUAAUACCUGAACAAAUACCAUUUGAGAGUAUACAACAAAUCGAAUCAAUUCCUCACGAAACAGAAAAUUUGCUUCUCCCCGAUAAGAAAACGCCAAGUACAAAGGCCGAUGUUUCAUUCCGUGUUUCCGAAGGAGUCGAAGUUAUUCAAGUAACAUCCACGGAGGAGGAAAUAAAAGAAGUUGCAAAAAGUGUGGAAGAAGCAACUAAACAAGUAGCUGAGCAGAGCUUGUUAAGUAUGUCCGUUGCUGAAAAAACCCAAGUGGUUCCGUCAUCAACAACAGAAGAAAUUAUAGAAUCUUCCAAGCCUGAAGUAAAGAAAAUUAUUCCAGAACAAAUACCGUUCGAGAGUAUACUACAAACCGAAUCAAUUCUUCAUGAAAGAGAAAGUUUGCUUCUUCCCGAUAAGAAGACACCAAUUACAAAAGCUGAUGUUUCAUUCCGUGUUUCCGAAGGUGUUGAAGUUAUCCAAGUAACAGCUGCGGAGGAAGAAACAAAGGAAGAUCUAAAAAGUAUGGAAGGACCAAACAAACAAGUAGCCGAUCAAAGCAUGUCAAGUAUUUCUGUUGCUGAAAAAACUGAAGUUUUUACAUCAUCAAUAACAGAGGAAAUUAAAGAGUCUUCCAAGCCCGAAGUAAAGAAAAUUAUUCCAGAACAAAUACCGUUCGAAAGUAUACAACAAAUCGAAUCAAUUCCUCACGAAAGUGAACGUUUGCUUCUUUCGGAUAAGAAAACACCAAUUACAAAAGCUGAUGUUUCAUUCCGUGUUUCCGAAGGAAUCGAAGUUAUCCAAGUAACCGCUACGGAGGAAGAAACAAAGGAAGAAAUAAAAAGUAUGGAAGAACCAAACAAACAAAUAGCCGAUCAAAGCAUGUCAAGUAUUUCUGUUGCUGAAAAAACUGAAGUUUUUACGUCAUCAAUAACAGAAGAAAUUAAAGAAUCUUCCAAACCCGAAGUAGAGAAAAUUAUUCCAGGACAAAUACCGUUCGAAAGUAUACAACAAAUCGAAUCAAUUCCUCACGAAAGCGAACGUUUGCUUCUCCCCGAUAAGAAAACAUUAAGUACAAAGGCCGAUGUUUCAUUCCGUGUUUCCGAAGGAGUCGAAGUUAUCCAAGUAACCGCUACGGAGGAUGAAACAAAAGAAGUCGUAAGAAGUGUGGAGGAAGCAACUAAACAAGUAGCCGAGCAAAGCAUGUUAAGUAUGUCUGUUGCUGAAAAAACCCAAGUGGUUCCAUCAUCAACAACAGAGGAAAUUACAGAAUUUUCAAAGCCUGAAAUAAAGAAAAUUAUUCCAGAACAAAUACCGUUCGAGAGUAUACUACAAACCGAAUCAAUUCUUCAUGAAAGAGAAAGUUUGCUUCUUCCCGAUAAGAAAACGCCAAGUACAAAGGCCGAUGUUACAUUCCGCGUUUCUGAAGGCGUCAAAGUUAUCCAAGUAACCGCUACGGAGGAGGAAACAAAGGAUGUUGUGAAAAGUAUAGAAGAAGCAACUGAACAAGUAGCCGAACAGAGCAUGCUAAGUAUGCCCGUUGCUCAAAAAUCUCAAGUAAUUACAUCAUCAGAAACAGAGGAAAUUAUAGUGUCUGCCAAGCCUGAGAAAAAGAAAAUUAUUCCAGAACAAAUACCAUUCGAAGGCAUACAACAAAUUGAACCAAUUUCUCAUGAAAGCGAACGUUUACUUGUUCCUGACAAAGGACUGAUAAGCGCAACGGCUGAUGUGUCAUUCCGCAUUUCCGAAGGAGUCGAAGUUAUCCAAGUAAUCGCUACGGAAAAAGAAACAAAAGAAGACGUAAAAAGUUUGGAAGAAAUAACUAAACAAAUAGCUGAUCAAAGCAUGUUAAGCAUGACAGUUGCUGAAAAAUCUCAUGUGAUUGCGUCAUCAUCAACGAAGGAAAUGAUGGAAUUCGUUAAACCUGAUGUAAAGAAAAUAACAGCGGAACAAAUACCAUUUGAGAGUGUACAACAAAUGGAAACGAUUCCUCAUGAAAGUGAACGUUCUAUUAUCGUUGAGAAAGUGGUAACAAGUGCUUCAGCCGAAGUUUCAUUUCGCAUUUCCGAAAGUGUUGAAGUUACCCAAAUAACUCCUACAGAGAAAGAAGCAAAAGAAGUCGUCAAAGGUCUCGCUAAAGAAGUAAGCGCGCAAGCGGAUAUAAUUGAACGAAAAGUUGCUCUGAAAACUGAAAUUCAUCCUGAAAAUGUAGUAUCGGAAUUCAGUGUUCCAAAACCAGACAGUAAAACAGCUCAUGAUGUAAAAGAUGAAAAGCAAAGUAUAAUUGUUACUGAAUUGCAACACAUUACUGAAAUUGAACCAAAUAUAUUCGAACCCAUAAUACCAAUAGUACCAAAAAUAGCAAGCACACUUUUUGAAGCCGACUACUUGGAAAAAAUUUUAGAAACUACAGAAGCAUCAGAGCAACAACAUCAUAUCACAGUCACACAACACACCACAAUACACGAAACAAAACAACCAACAAAUGAAUCUGAUACUGAAAUAAUUGAAGAAUAUACCACAAAAUUUAAAACCGGUACUAAAGAAAAUAAAAUGGCAGCGAUUAAAACAAAGAAAACUACAAUUCGUAAAAAGAAACCAAAAACUAAAUCAGAACAAGAAAAAAUUGUAGUAAUUGAAGAAGAAAUAGAAGACAUAGAACCACAAGUACCAUUCAUACCAAAAAAACAAUUUAUGCAUAUCGAAGAAGUAACAGGACAAAUAGAAAUAGAAGAAAUAGUACCAACAAAAAUUGAAGAAUUAGAAGAAACAACUCAAAAUCAAGAAGAAAUACAAACGGUAGGACAAAACAAUGGAGAAAUAACAGUUAUAGAAGAAAAACAAUUAUUAAUAAGUACAUCUAUAGAUAAACCAAAAGAAAAAAUCGUUUCUCCUGUACCACAUUCUAAAUUCGUCAAACCUUUUGAACAAGAGGAAAUGAGGAAACAAGUGACAGUGACUGAAGAGACAAUCGAAGAAAAAAAUCCGAAAAAGAUCACUAAAAACAAAAUAAUUAAACGCAGAGGGCAGAAAGAGCAGGUGACGGAAGAGAUAACAAUAGAUUCAAAGAGACAACAACCUGUAACAACAAUUAUUGAAGGUCCAGUACAAGAAAUUGUCGAAGAAACUGUAUUCCUUUUGCCACAGAUUGAAUUUGCAAAGCUCCUUGAAGAGGAGAAAAUAAGAGAAACAGAGCAAGUUAUAGUGAUUCAAGAAUUAAUUGAAGGAAAAAAACCGAAAAACAUCACUAAAAAGAAAAUUAUUAAAUGUAAAGGACAGAAACAACAAGUGACAGAAGAGAUAACAAUGGAGGAAAUGGGACAACUACCUGUAACAACAAUUACAAAAGGUACAGUAGAAGAAACCGUCGAAGAAAUUGUACUUCCUCCACUACAACCCGAAUUCGCUGAGUCUCUUGAAGAGGGGGAAAAUAAGGAGCAAGUAAUAGUAACUGAAGAAGUAAUCGAAGGAAAGAAACCGAAAAGAAUCACUAAAAAUAAAAUAAUUAAACAGAAAGAGCAGGUGACGAAACAAACAACUACAGAGGAACAGAGACAACCUGUAACAACAGUUACGGAAGGCACAGUAGAAGAAACCAUCGAAGAAAUUGUACUUCCUCCACCUGAAUUCGCUAAACUCCUUGAAGAGAAAGAAAUAAGGGAGCAAGUGACUGAAGAAGCAAUCGAAGGAAAGAAGCUGAAAAAAAUCAUUAAAAAGAACGUAAUUAAACUCAAAGGACAAAAACAACAGGUGACGGAAGAAACAACUAUACAGGAACAGGGACAACCACUAGUAAAAGUUAUGGAAAAUCCGGUAGAAGAAACCGACGAAGAAACUAUACUUCCUCUACCACAAUUUGAAUUCGUCAAGCCUUUUGAAGAAAAAGACAUAAGGGAGCAAGUAGUAGUAACUGAGGAAAUAAUUGAAGGUGAAAAACCGAAAAAGAUUACUACGAAGAAAAUUAUCAAACGGAAAGGACAGAAACAGCAGGUGACACAAGAAACAACUAUAGAAGAACAAGGACAACUACCUGUAACAACAGUUACGGAAGGUCCGUUAGAAGAAAUCGUCGAGGAAAGUGUAUGUCCUACGCCACAAUUCGAAUUCACCAAGCCCUUUGAAGAAGAAGACGUAAGACAGCAAGUAACAAUAACUGAAGAAAUAAUUGAGGAUGAAAAACCGAAAAAGAUUACUACGAAGAAAAUUAUUACACAGAAAGGACAGAAACAGCAAGUGACACAAGAAACAACUAUAGAAGAACAAGGACAACUACCUGUAACAACAGUUACGGAAGGUCCGUUAGAAGAAAUCGUCGAGGAAACUGUAUGUCCUAUGCCACAAUCCGAAUUCAUCAAGCCCUUUGAAGAAGAAGACGUAAGACAGCAAGUAACAAUAACUGAAGAAAUAAUUGAGGAUGAAAAACCGAAAAAGAUUACUACGAAGAAAAUUAUUACACAGAAAGGACAGAAACAGCAAGUGACACAAGAAACAACUAUAGAAGAACAAGGACAACUACCUGUAACAACAGUUACGGAAGGUCCGUUAGAAGAAAUCGUCGAGGAAACUGUAUGUCCUAUGCCACAAUCCGAAUUCAUCAAGCCCUUUGAAGAAGAAGACGUAAGACAGCAAGUAACAAUAACUGAAGAAAUAAUUGAGGAUGAAAAACCGAAAAAGAUUACUACGAAGAAAAUUAUUACACAGAAAGGACAGAAACAGCAAGUGACACAAGAAACAACUAUAGAAGAACAAGGACAACUACCUGUAACAACAGUUACGGAAGGUCCGUUAGAAGAAAUCGUCGAGGAAACUGUAUGUCCUAUGCCACAAUCCGAAUUCAUCAAGCCCUUUGAAGAAGAAGACGUAAGACAGCAAGUAACAAUAACUGAAGAAAUAAUUGAGGAUGAAAAACCGAAAAAGAUUACUACGAAGAAAAUUAUUACACAGAAAGGACAGAAACAGCAAGUGACACAAGAAACAACUAUAGAAGAACAAGGACAACUACCUGUAACAACAGUUACGGAAGGUCCGUUAGAAGAAAUCGUCGAGGAAACUGUAUGUCCUAUGCCACAAUCCGAAUUCAUCAAGCCCUUUGAAGAAGAAGACGUAAGACAGCAAGUAACAAUAACUGAAGAAAUAAUUGAGGAUGAAAAACCGAAAAAGAUUACUACGAAGAAAAUUAUUACACAGAAAGGACAGAAACAGCAAGUGACACAAGAAACAACUAUAGAAGAACAAGGACAACUACCUGUAACAACAGUUACGGAAGGUCCGUUAGAAGAAAUCGUCGAGGAAACUGUAUGUCCUAUGCCACAAUCCGAAUUCAUCAAGCCCUUUGAAGAAGAAGACGUAAGACAGCAAGUAACAAUAACUGAAGAAAUAAUUGAGGGUGAAAAAUCGAAACAGAUUAUUAUGAAGAAAAUUAUUAAACAGAAAGGACAGAAACAGCAAGUGACACAAGAAACAACUAUAGAGGAACAAGGACAACUACCUGUAACAACAGUUACGGAAGGUCCAUUAGAAGAAAUCGUCGAGGAAACUGUAUGUCCUAUGCCACAAUCCGAAUUCACCAAAUCCUUUGAAGAAGAAGACAUAAGACAGCAAGUAACAGUAACUGAAGAAAUAAUUGAGGGUGAAAAACCGAAAAAGAUUACUACGAAGAAAAUUAUUAAACAGAAAGGACAGAAACAGCAAGUGACACAAGAAACAACUAUAGAGGAACAAGGACAACUACCUGUAACAACAGUUACGGAAGGUCCAUUAGAAGAAAUCGUAGAAGAAACUAUUCUUCCACUAUCUCAUCCCGAAUUUGUAAAACCUUAUGAAAAGGAGGAAGUAAGGGAGCAAACAAGAGUAACUGAAAUACUCGUUGGAAAAAAAAAACCAAAAAAAGUUACUAAAAAGCAAAUUAUUAAACGUAAAGGACGGGAACAAGUGACUGAAGAAGUAACUGUGGAAGAAAAUGGAAAGUCACCCGUAACAUCAAUUACGGUUAGCCCAAUCGAAGAAAUUGUUGAAGAAACUUUAUUACCUUUACAUCCUGAUUUCAUCAAACUUAUUGAAGAAGAAAAUAUGAAAGGAGAUACAUUAAUCGAAAAGCUAGUAAAAGAAGAAAAACCAAAGAAGGUCAUUAAAAAGAAAAUUAUUAAACAAGGAAGUACCAAAGGAAUAAUUAUAGGCAAUGAGAACAAAGAGGAACAGGGGGCAAAAAUAACAAAUCUUCACGCAGACACUAUACCUGAAAUACACAUUAAAUACGAUGAAAUGAUAAAAUCUAAAAUCAGUAAAAAGACUUUGGAAGGUACCAGAGAAGAAGGGCUGUAUCAGGAAGAAGAAUCAAUUUAUGAAAUGCCUGAAGAAAUUGUAGAAGAAGUUGUAACGAAAGAAAUAGAGUUUCAAAAAGCUCAAUUUCUUAUACAUAAAGAAGAAUCGGUAGAAAUUAUAAAAAUAGAUCUUAAGGAAGCACCAAUAGAAAAAGAGAAAAUAUCUAUCAUAGAAGAAAAAGAGAGUAUUGAAAAGCCGAUACAGAAAGAUAUUAAGACAAAAAAAGUACCCAUGAAAAAGGAUGAACAUGUUAAGGUAAUCGAGGAAAUAAAAUCAGAAGAAAUGGUUGAAAUGCCAGCCAAAAAAAUAAUUAAGAAGAAGGAACAUAUAAUAGACACUGCUGACGCUCUUGAGCAAGUCGUAGAAGAAAUUCGAACAGAUAUGCCAAAGAAGGAAAAGGCUAAAACUAUCGUGGAAGACAGAAAAGAAACUGUUACAGUUAUAAAAAUAGAUACACAGAAAUCACUUGUUAAAGUAUCUGAGGAAAAAAUUGAUGUUGAGAAAGAAGUAAUAGAAACUGUUGAAAUACCUGCAACAAAAAUUAUUGAAAACAGAAAAUUAACAACAGAUCAGCAUGAAAAAAUUGAUCAGAAACUAAUUGAAGAUACUCAAAUAAUUGCUAAAGAAAAAAUAGUCGAAACGCCGAUAGAAAAGAAAAUGAAGAAAAAAAAGGGAAAAUCUCAUGAAGAUAAUGUGCUACAAGAAAUUGUUGAAAAAAUUGUUUUAGAUAAACCAGAGAUGGAACAAGCUCAAACUGUAUUCACUCCUAGAGAGAGUAUCGAAGUUGUACAAAUCUUAACUGAAUCCUCUGUUACUAAAUUUACAGAAGUUGAAGCUAUACCAAGAGAAGCUGCGAUGCACGAAAUUAAAAAAGAAGAAAGCCCAUUAAAGAUAAUUUUACGAGAAGAAACAAACACGAUUCCUGUGCAGGAACAAAUUACUAUCGAAAUUACUAAAGAAAUACUGGACAAAAAACCAAAAGAAGAAGAAAUAAAAUUAACUAUCAUAACAAAAGAAGGAAUCGAAGUUACUGAGGCAAUUCCGGAUACUUCUACUGAGGAUCUUCUUGAAACGAUAAAACCAGUGAAAGAAACGAUACUGCCAGUGAAAGAAGAGGAACCACAAGUUGACAUAAAAGAAGUUAUUGUGAAGAAAGCACCGAAAGAGGUUAAACCAGUACAUGCAAGUAAACAACAAGUUAAAGAAGAAAUUGUCGAAGAUAUUACAUUAGAAAAACCAACACAAGAAAAAGCGGAAGAAAUAAUAAUUGCAAAUGAGGAAAUAGAAACCACGGAAAUUAUUUCCGAAAUCACAACCAAUGAAAUUGAUAAAAAUAAAACACAAGAAGAGCAAAUUACGUUAGAAGAGAUAGAUGAUAGUGUAAAAUCAGCUAUAGAAGUGAAGGAAGACCGACCAGAGGAAGCAAUAGAGGACAUAAAAAUGAAAAAGCCCAAGAAGGAAAAGGCUAUAAAGGAUGUACUUUUACAAGAAAGUGUUGAAAUUUCAGAAGUAACAACAGAAAUAGUACCUGAAGAAUUCAUCACGAAAAAGACAUUUGCUGAAGAGGAAGCAGAAUUAAGUGUUACACCAAUAGAAAUUGUUGAAAUUACUAAAGUUAAUCUAGCUGUAGCAGAUGGCAAAAUAACAAAAACGAAAAAAGCAAAACCUAGGAAGACUGACAUUAAAGAAAAAAAAGAGAAAGAAUUAGCUCCUAUCGAAAAAGAAGAGGUCACUCGAGAAAAAAAACAGGAACAAGAAAUAGUAGAAAAAGUAACAUCCAGCCAACCUAAAUUAGAACAAAUAAAAAUGGAGAAAGUUGCACUAAAAACUACAGAAGUGACAGAAAUAAUUCCCGAAGUUAAAAUGGAAGAUACUUUAAAGGAGAAAAAACCCGAGGAUGAAUUGAAAGAAGUAAAAACAAUACACCCCGAAGAAAUAAAAGAAUUUGAAAAACCAAAAGAAGAAAUUACGUCUACUGCAGAAGAAAAACCAAUGGAGCUUAAACUUAUUGAGAAGAUAAAAGAAAAGAAAAUUAUAAAGAAAAAGAAGAAGAAAAUCGUCAAGAAAGAUGAUAUAGAGGAAUGGAUAGAACCUGAGUAUGAAAGACCUGUAUUAGAGCCAAUGCCUGAAAAAAUUCAAUGGGAAUCAAUGAAAAAGAAAAAAGAAAAGAAAAUAUUGCCUGAAUCUGUGCAAAAAUUAGUUCCACAGAAAAUUGAAAGAAAAGAAAUCAAACCUACAAAAUUAAAAUAUAUUGAACCAAUGCAAGAAACAGUCCAAUUUGGCACAAUUAAAUUGAAAAAAGUACCAAUAGUUAAGAAAAAAGAAAUAAUUGAACCAAUAUUACCUAAAAUUAUGUUACGAAGUAGAAUUACAUUUAUCGAUGACUAUCCGGCACAAUUACAAAUACCAAAAGUUACGUUUAUAGAAAAAAAUCCAAUACAAACUGGCAUUUUAUCUAGAAAUACAGAAGAAGCACUACAAGUUCUAAAGAAGAAAUAUAAAAAACCUAAAGUCUUAGAGAAAGAUUUGAUUGAAUUAGAGAAAUUAGAUAAAGAGUUUGAAGAACUAAAAAAAGUUCCUUUGGAACAAAUAGAAGAUAAAUCUAUUUAUGAACGUACACCCAAGAAGUCGCAGAAAACGUUCGAAGAACCACAAAAGCUCAUUACUGGAAAAGGUGAAAUAAAACAAGAAGAUAAAAUUAUACCGGAAGAGAUCAAACUAAAGAAAAUACCGAUAAAGAAACUAGAACAAGUAACAGAAAAUAAAGAAACGCAUAAAAUAAAAGAAUCCAUAGAAGAUACGCCUAUAAAGAAAGAACAACAACCUCAAGAAACAUUCACAUCUGAUGAAUUCAAACCAACAAAAUUUGAUAAGUCAGAAAUUGAAAAAUAUAUACCUGAAGAAUUCGAAAUAACCGAGAAACCAGAAACUGAACCUGACUCAAAAUCAUAUAAACCAUUUAAGAGAAAAAAACCUGAACAAGAUAUGGAGCAAAUUCCUUUAAUAAAGGGUAUACCAAAACCACAGGAACCUGAAGAAGAACCCGAGAUCAAUUUUCGAAUACCAACUUCAGAAAAACCCGAAGAUGAACCUGAAACAAUAACUUUAAAAGGCUGGACAAAAAAUAAACCCGAAGAAGAAAGCACAGAAGAACAGCCAACUAAGGAAAAAGAUAUUACACCAACGACGCCCAAAGACAUUAUUGAUGACUUUACAAUAAAACAGAAGAAAAAACAGAAAAAGAUCAAAGAGAAAGAAAUACAAUCACAGGACAGUAGUGAGCAUACUAUGUUAAAACAUAUUCCUGAAGAAAAGCAAGAGAUACCAACAGAAGAAUUAAUUGUAAAAAGAAAGAAGUCAAAACCGGAAGAAAAGCAAGGCGAAUUAGAUAAUUCUCAAGAAGUGUUAUUAAAAAAACCAAAGCAGUUUGUUCAAGAAAAAAUAGAAACUGAAGUAUCAAUUACAAAACCGAUUACCAAGGAGAAAAAAGAAGAUGCCAAAGAAAUCACUGAAGAAAUUACAGUAAAGAAAAAACCAAAGAAAAAGUCCGUAACCGACGAACCUGCUGCUGAAAUAAUUGUAAAAAAACUCGGUCCAAAAGAGGAAGAACAAAUGCCGGAAGAAAUCUCUGAAAAAGUGAUACUAAAGAAACCAAAAGAAGAAUCUAUCAAGGAAGAAGUCGCUGACGAAGUAACGAUCGAAAAAUCAAUUACUGAAAAAAGAAAAGAAGAAACUGAGGAAGUUACGUUGAAAAAGAAACCUAAGAAAAAGCCCGUUACAGAGGAAUCUGCUGCAGAAAUAACUGUAAAGAAACCCGUUCCAAAAGAGGAAGAGCAAGUACCGGAAGAAAUCUCUGAAAAAAUGAUACUAAAGAAACCAAAACAAGAAAUUCUCAAGGAAGAAAUCGCAGAUGAAGUGACAAUUAAGAAACCGAUUGUCGAAGAAAGAAAAGAUGUAAAAGAAGUCACCGAAGAAGUUACGUUGAAAAAGAAACCAAAGAAAAAGCCUGUUAUAGAGGAAUCUGCUGCAGAAAUAACUGUAAAGAAACCCGUUCCAAAAGAGGAAGAACAAGUGCCGGAAGAAAUCUCUGAAAAAGUAGUACUAAAGAAACCAAAACAAGAUAUUCUCAAGGAAGAAAUCGCUGAUGAAGUGACAAUUAAGAAACCGGUUGUCGAAGAAAGAAAAGAUGUAAAAGAAGUCACCGAAGAAGUUACGUUGAAAAAGAAACCAAAGAAAAAGCCUGUUACAGAGGAAUCUGCUGCAGAAAUAACUGUAAAGAAACCCGUUCCAAAAGAGGAAGAACAAGUGCCGGAAGAAAUCUCUGAAAAAGUAGUACUAAAGAAACCAAAACAAGAUAUUCUCAAGGAAGAAAUCGCUGAUGAAGUGACAAUUAAGAAACCGGUUGUCGAAGAAAGAAAAGAUGUAAAAGAAGUCACCGAAGAAGUUACGUUGAAAAAGAAACCAAAGAAAAAGCCUGUUACAGAGGAAUCUGCUGCAGAAAUAACUGUAAAGAAACCCGUUCCAAAAGAGGAAGAACAAGUGCCGGAAGAAAUCUCUGAAAAAAUAGUACUAAAGAAACCAAAACAAGAUAUUCUCAAGGAAGAAAUCGCUGAUGAAGUGACAAUUAAGAAACCGGUUGUCGAAGAAAGAAAAGAUGUAAAAGAAGUCACCGAAGAAGUUACGUUGAAAAAGAAACCAAAGAAAAAGCCUGUUACAGAGGAAUCUGCUGCAGAAAUAACUGUAAAGAAACCCGUUCCAAAAGAGGAAGAACAAGUGCCGGAAGAAAUCUCUGAAAAAAUAGUACUAAAGAAACCAAAACAAGAUAUUCUCAAGGAAGAAAUCGGUGAUGAAGUGACAAUUAAGAAACCGGUUGUCGAAGAAAGAAAAGAUGUAAAAGAAGUCACCGAAGAAGUUACGUUGAAAAAGAAACCAAAGAAAAAGCCUGUUACAGAGGAAUCUGCUGCAGAAAUAACUGUAAAGAAACCCGUUCCAAAAGAGGAAGAACAAGUGCCGGAAGAAAUCUCUGAAAAAGUAGUACUAAAGAAACCAAAACAAGAUAUUCUCAAGGAAGAAAUCGCUGAUGAAGUAACAAUUAAGAAACCGGUUGUAAAAGAAAGAAAAGAAGAUAUAAAAGAAAUCACCGAAGAAGUUACGUUGAAAAAGAAACCAAAGAAAAAGCCUGUUACAGAGGAAUUUGGUGCAGAAAUAACUAUAAAGAAACCCGUUCCAAAAGAGGAAGAACAAGUGCCGGAAGAAAUCUCUGAAAAAGUAAUAUUAAGAAAACCAAAAGGAAAAUCUCUCAAAGAAGAAAUCGCUGACGAAGUGACAAUUAAGAAACCAAUUAUCGAAGAAAGAAAAGAAGAUGUAGUUGAAGAAAUUACUUUAAAACCUAAACCAAAAAAGGAGAUGUUCGAAACGGAAGAAAUGUCGGAAGUAACUAUUGUGAAACCUGUAAAAGAUAAGAAAGUAGAAGAAAUUACAGAAACAUCUGCAGAAUUAAGGGAAAAAGAACCAGUAUCAGAAAUUAAAGAUCUAAUUACGGAGGAAUUAACUAUUCAGAAAAUCGAGAUUAUAGAACAACCUGAAGACGUAAUUGGAGAAUUUACUUUGAAACGCAAACCACCAAAAAAAGCUCCGAAACCAAUUGAAGAAAUUUAUGAAGAUGUUACUUUACGUAAAUUACGACCAAAGAAAAAGUCUAGACCAGAUAUCAGAGAAGUUACUGACGUAGAGAAUGUAACAUUUAGACCACGUUCUACAAAAAGAAAAGAGGAUGUAGAACAAGAAUUUAAAAUUUCAUUAAAUACAUAUGAAGAAGAAGAUAUUUCUAUGUCCGGUAAAGUGCGUCUAAAACCAAAAAGACGGCCGCUUACAUAUUCUGAAGAGACUGGAGAGGAAACAAUCAAAAUCAUUCAAGAAAUCGAAGAUUUUGGUCCGGUUAUCGAAGAGGUCAUCAAUGAAUCGGAAGAAGAAGGGAAAGAAGAAUAUAGUAUCGAAGAGCUUGAUAUCGACGAAAUGAAUAUACCGCUGAGACGAAAGAAGAAGAAACAAAAAGCUCCAUAUACUGUAGAAGAAAUUGAAGAUGAUGUUAAACUACAUUUGAAUCGUGAUAGAAAAUACUCAUACGAGGAAACAGAUACUGAAUCUUUGGCGCUGAAGUUGAAAAGCAAGAGACGUAUUUCUACAUUCGAAGAAGAAGAAGCUUCUCUCAGUAUUACUAAAGAAGAGGAAAUAUCCGAAGAAGUCGAGGAACUUGAAUAUGUUGUUCGGGAAGGUGAUACAAUGUUUUCAAUUUGUUCUUACAUUGCUGAAACAGAAGAAGCUAUUAAUUUAGUAGAAGGGGAAAAAGUUUAUAUUAUCGAUUAUACUAAUCAGGAUUGGUGGUUUGUAAAGAAACAUUUGACCGAAGAAAAAGGUUGGGUACCGGCGCAAUAUUUAUUGGAUGAAGUACGUUACACUGUUUACUUGCAACGAAAAUUGCAUGAAAAGAUUGACAAAUUGCCAAUCUUUGAGAAGCCUGUCCCCGGAGAAAAUGCUUCAGCACCAAGAUUUAUUGAAAAAUUACAACCAAUUCAUACAUUAGAUGGUUACACCGUGCAAUUCGAAUGUCAAGUAGAAGGCAUACCAAGACCACAAAUAACUUGGUUCCGCCAGACCGCUAUUAUCAAACCAUCUACUGAUUUUCAAAUAUAUUAUGACGAGGAUAACGUCGCUACCUUGAUAAUCAGGGAAGUCUUUCCCGAAGAUGCCGGCACUUUUACCUGUGUUGCGAAAAAUGCUGCAGGAUUUGCGUCCAGUACUACUGAGCUUAUUGUCGAAGCUCCUUUGUCAGAUCACGGAUCAGAUGUUACUGGUCUCUCGAGAAAAAGUCUUUCGAGAGAAUCAUCUUUAGCCGAUAUAUUAGAAGGUAUACCACCUACAUUUUCCCGAAAGCCGAAAGCGAAAUAUGUGAAUGAAGGUGACGAUGUGAUACUGGAAUGUCGAUUGGUCGCUAUACCGGAACCAGACAUAACAUGGCAUCAUAAAGACGUACCAGUAGUUAGUCAACAGAACAUUAUAGUUGCAACUGAAAGUGACAUGCAUAUGUACUGCAGUGUCGUAAACUUCACUAAAAUUCAAAAGAAGCAGGAGGGAAGAUACAAGAUUAUUGCUAAAAACAGAGAGGGCGAGGCUACUAUCGAUAUUCCUGUAAAGGUGAAAACUGAAAAGAGCGAACCACCCGAAAUUUUAGAACCGUUACAAUCCCAUAUAGUUAAAGAAGGUGAGACUGUUAUCUUAUCGACUCAAAUAGUCGGUAAUCCAUCACCAAAAAUAAUAUGGUACAAAGACGGGAAGCCGUUAAAGGGCCCGCAAUUAAAGCAAGACGGACAUAUUAAUACAUUAAACUUGAUCCAACCUCAAUUAGCAGAUAGUGGGGAAUAUUCGGUUACAGCUAUCAAUGAUAUGGGCAAAGCUGAGACUCGGGCUACAUUAACUGUUGAGAUUAACCCCAUAUCACAAGUCAACAUUAACUUUCAACAUUGUGUAAACGACAAGUGUAUCUCGUUUGUUAAGGAAGUACCAAGUGGCGCUCUAGAACCACCAUUAUUCACCAAACGUUUCCAAGAGGUAAUCGUUCCGGAAAAAGGUACUUUUAAGUUAGUUGCCAAAGUUAUUGGUAAUCCCGUUCCCGAAGUUACUUGGCUUAGAAACAACAAACCGCUUGAUAAAUCGGUCAAUAUCAUAGAAAGUUAUGAUGGUGAGAACAUCCUACUUGAAAUUAAAAAUGCAGACUCUGAAGUCGAUGCUGGAGAUUAUAAAUGUGUCGCUAGUAAUCCAGUUGGAAAAGCUUCUCAUGGUGCAAAAGUCACAGUAGAUGUUGCCAAAGUUUUUUUCACAAGGAACUUGCAAAAUGAAAUCAUAGUCAACGAAUACAAAACUCUAGAAUUGAGCUGUGAGACAUCCCAUACUGUUUCUACGAUAUGGUGGCACAAUGACAAAGAAAUUAGCGGGAUGGAUCAUCGCGAGAUAAUUCAAGAAGGACAUUUACACAAGUUACUUAUUAAGAAGAGUAGUCUUUCCGACGCAGGAACAUACAAAUGUACUGUCAAGAACCAAAUGACGUUUAGCAACGUUAUCGUUAAGGCUACCAAGCCAGAAUUUGUCAAGAAAUUGCAGGACUUUGAGGUAAAGGAACGCGAUGUAGCGAUUUUAGAGGUUGAGAUCACAUCUCAAACGGCCGAUGUCACAUGGCGAAAAGAUGGCGAAUUCUUAACACCAAGCAAAGGAAAACUAGAAUUUAUGAAAGAUGGUACUAUAAGGAAACUUUUCAUCAGAAACACAUCGGUUCACGACGAAGGCGAAUACACAUGCGCUCUUCUAGAUCAAGAGUGUACAGCGGAAGUUACAGUUGUCGAAUUACCACCGGAGAUCAUUAUCAAAAUGCAGGACAUAACUAUAGCUACAGGAGAGAAAGCAACUUUCGACAUAGAAUUAACGAAAGGUGAUGCUUUGGUACGCUGGUUCAAAGACGGACAAGAAUUGCAAUUUUCUGAGCACGUGCGAUUAUCAAUCGAUGGCAAAAGACAGAAAUUGAAAAUUUACGACACUGAAGUAGAAGAUGCAGGAAUCUACUCUUGUCAAGUUGGCGAUCAAACUUCGUCAGCUAGAUUGACAGUCGAAGAAUCCGAAGUAGAUUUUAUUAAAAAAUUACCAGAUAUUACUUUAGUGCCUUUCAACACUGAGGCAACUUUUCUUAUCGAAUUAUCACGUGCCGAUGUACCAGUAACAUGGUUAAAGAAAAAUGAAACGAUCGAUUGUGCACAAUCGUCGAAAUAUAAUGUUAUCGACGAAGGAAAUAUUAAAAAGCUUAUUGUUAGAAAGUGCACGACCGAAGAUAUUGCUGAAUAUACUGCUGCAGUUGCUAAUGUGAAAACAUCAUCGAGACUAAAAAUCGAAGUUAUUGAAACAUCGCCUAAAAUUCAUCCUGAUACGCUUAAAAAAUACAAAACGAUGAAAGGCGAUGACAUCGAUAUCGUUGUCAAAUUCGCGGCUAAGCCAAUUCCAAUUGAUGAGUGGAUCGUCAAUGGCCGUAUUCUUAAAAAAUCUAAACGAAUUAUUCCAUCCAUUGAUGAAUGUUCAGCCAUCUUAAUAAUCAGAGACGUACAAGAGAAAGAUUGUGGUGAUUAUAAUCUAAAAUUAAUUAAUUCACAUGGAGAGGACAGUAUAGAAAUCAACGUCAUUAUUGUGCAGGUACCCGGUGCACCAGGAAUUCCGGAACCUCUUGAAAUAACCGAUGACAGCAUUACUCUUCAUUGGAAGAAACCAGAUAUAGAUGGACACUCCUCGAUCAUAGAAUACAUUUUAGAAUAUCGAGAAAAGACAGAAACUUUAUGGAGCAGAAUCACGGAGACAAUAAUCGAAACUACAUAUAAAUUAACCAACUUAAUCACCGACAAGGAAUAUACCUUCCGUGUAACAGCUGUUAACGAAGCUGGACCAGGGGAGGCAUCGCUGAAUACGCCAUAUCUAAGAAUUUCCAAGUUAUCAGCAUCAGAGCCACCGACCGUUCUUGAAGCACUUAAAAGUAUCGUCAUUGGAUUAGAAGAGACUGUCACACUUUCUUGCGUAAUUGGUGGUGUACCAACACCUCGUAUUACAUGGUUGAAAGAUGAUGAGGCUUUCGAAAAUAAUGAUAUUACAUAUGAGAACCAUGUAGCUAAAUACACUAUUCGAAAAACCACUGAGAUAUCUUCGGCUACAUUUACGGUUAAAGCUCAAAAUGACGCAGGAACGGCGGAAACAUCAUGUCAAUUAAAAAUUCAAGAAUCUCCAAAGAUCACUUGCGACGAAAAUUUACGAAAGCAGAGAUUAACAGUAGGUGAUAAAUGGAAAGCCGAGAUUCAUUUCAGUGGUUUCCCAAAACCGGAAGUAACAUGGACGAUAAAUAACAAGACAAUAAUUGAUAAGCGCAUUUCCAUUGAAACUAAGGAAAAUACAUCUAUUAUUAUGAUUUCUUCGCUUGUUAGAAAUGAUACAGCUAUCUAUACAGUGAAAGCAUUGAACGAAGCCGGUAGCUCAUCGAUGGAAUGUCAUCUUCGUGUUAUAGAUAAACCAAGCAAACCCCAGGGACCAGUUAUCGCAAAAGAAAUUAGACAAGAUCGCGUUACCAUAGAAUGGCGACCGCCGAUCGAUGAUGGUGGUGUUGAAUUGGAAAGAUAUACCAUCGAGAAAUGCGAAAUGAAUAAGAAAGUUUGGACAAAAGUAGGUGAUGUCGACAAAGAAGUUGAGAAUUUCUGUGCGCAGAAAUUGCAGCAAGAUGUCGACUACCUAUUCAGAAUAGUUGCUAGAAACUCGGUCGGAUCCUCAGAUCCUUUGGAAUCCGAACCAAUUCGAACAAGAACUUCAUUCGAAAUACCAGGCCCACCGAGAGGACCACUCGAAGUUUUUGGAAUGACAAAAACAUCAUUCACAUUAAAAUGGGAACCACCAAAGAAUGAUGGCGGGACUCCUAUUAUAGAAUACAUUAUCGAAAUAAAAGAGACAUCUAAGAAAACUUGGCAAAGAAUUGCGAAUACAAAGGGGGAAGUCACUAAUGUUACAGUAUCCGAUUUAAAACCGGACACAUCGUACAAUUUCAGAAUUAUAGCUAAAAAUAACGUUGGUACUGGUCCUCCGUAUACAGCAGAAGAAGUGAUUACAACCGGUAAACAGCCGAAAUUAAUAAAGCUUACUGAAAAUAGCAUAUACGCGCUACUAGGCAUAUUUCCAUCAACCAAAACAAUCGCCAUUAAGACACCACCUUCUUGCCCGCUAAACGUCCGAGCGACAAAUGUCACUAGCAAGAGCGUCACUCUCAGUUGGUCACCACCAACUACAACAGGAGGAUCGGAAUUGACAGGUUACGUAAUUGAGAAGAGACCAUUAAUCGGAAAAGGCGCCAGGUGGUCGAAAGUUGUCACUUUGGAUGCUACAACACACCAAUAUUGUAUAGAGAACCUAAAAGAAAGCGAAUUCCUCUUUAGAAUCUUUGCUGAAAAUAGUUUAGGUCUUAGCAUACCUACUAAUUCCGAGCCGAUCACGCUAAAAACUCAUGCCAAUGUUCCAUCACCACCUACUGCUCCAUUAGAGAUGAGACAGAUUGCGGCGAAUACAAUUGUAAUCGAAUGGGGUAGACCCGAAUCAGACGGCGGUGCAUCUCUCGAGGGUUACAAAAUUGCUAUUAGAGACGCGAAGAAAACUAUGUGGAUGGAAGUGGGAAGAGUUAGCGCGGACAUCCAAAAAUUGAAUAUUAGAGAUCUGCAAGAGAAUCACGAAUAUCUCGUAAGAAUCUUCGCACGAAAUGAGAUCGGAUUUAGCGAUCAUUUGGAAUCGGAAGAACCCUUUAAGAUCGUACCGACAUCAGAACUGUCGUACGUGGAACCAAUUGCAGACGCUAUGGACAAAGGUGAGACCGCAUCGAUCAGCUUUAGCACAGAAAACACAAGUUCAUGGUUGAGAGAACAUAAUAUGGAUGCCGAUAUACAUUCAUACGCAAGAGCAAGAUUACUUAGGAAAGAUGAGUACUUUUUCCGUAUUUGGCACUAUGCUAAAAAGCUGUUUGAAUAAGCAUUUGUUAUACACGUGUAACUUUGAACAUUUCUAUUGUUAUUGUCGAGUGUCGGCAGAUAUAAUUGAUCUUUUCCGCAAUUGCAAUUGUAUUUUUUCAUCGAACGCUGUAUUAUGUAUGUAUAUUAUAUCAAUGUAUUUAAUCAAUGUACAUGAGUCUAACUCUUGAAAUAAUGUAUCGGCGAUAGUGGCAUUAAUUGUUCCUUUCUUCGAUUUGCGUAUAAUGAUUAUACAUAUAUGUCAAAACCAAUUUAUGUAAGACUGGAUGGUGUUUACCGAGUGUUAAUCUAGUUAGGAUGAUUUUCUUUUUGACGUUUUUAUCAAAGCGCUCGGGAAAUGUACUUUAUGUACGAAUGAUUCACUUUAUUUUAUUCUAGUUUCGUGUUUCGAAAUAUUACAAAUUACGCUCUCGUGCAGUUUUAUAAAUUUUAUUUCCUGUCACUAAUGCGCGUUGUUAAAGUAUGUUAAUGUAUUUACUAGCUGGUAUUGACAAGCAUUAUACUUGGGAAAUUCUUCGAAAUUUUCAAAUAUGCGGCAUUCUACAUCUAUUAACAAUGUAUCUAUUUAGCAAUGUGACAUUCGUUUCUAUUUAUUUCUAUAUUUUUUGGCGCAGCCAGAGCAUACAAUUAUCUUAGUAUGCAUUCUCCAAGUAUAUAUUGAUUGUUUCUUGUUAUUAUUAUCCGCGAUAUUAAUUUAAUUUUAAUUAUUAUUAUUAUUAAUGAUGUCAAUACAUCAAAUUAACAAAAUGAAGAAAUAUCACGCGUGUUUGGUAAGUGAGACGUGAAAUAUAGGUGCAAUCGUGAACAUUAUCAACCAAUGACGCGUCGUAUAUUUCGUAUUAUUUAUGCAAAAUU